AUGAAGCGAUAUCGCAUAUUAUUACUCUUUUUAUUGCUACUGUGCUUUCAAAAGGCGCUAGCGUGGCGAUCGAAUCGGAAUUCCGGUCAGUUUUGGGAUUAUUUGAUUUUUUGAAUGUUCUUUUUGAAGAGAAAAUGUCACGGUUUCAUCGAUUAAUUUCGGAAUUUCAAUUUUAUAAUUUAGAAAAAGUUUUUUUAUGAUAUUACCAAUCAUUUUUUUGUUAAUUUUUUUCCUAUAAACUGAUUGAAACAGUAAACUGUGAAGUUUUUUUAUCAAAAUGAGAAUUUAGCUUGUCAUUGAACCUGUUAUAUCUUUUAAACGAAAUUGAGAAAAAAAAAUUUUUUUGUUUGAUUUUUUUAAGUAAGUUCCUUAUCAUCUUUCACAGAACAAAGCUCUUUUUUUGAACUUUGGACGAAUUUAGUAAGAAUUUUCAUGUUCUCAAAUUUUUUUUUCAGUAGGAUUUGCUCAUAAAUUAAUCAAUAUUUAUUGUUUUUAAUCAUUUUCUUAAUUUUCUCAGGUAAAAACGACAUUUUCGAGUUCUCCUCGCCCCUCUACUACUUCUCCUUAGAGGAAAAUGCUCAAAUCGCCAAAUUUGCCAUUCCGGAAAACUCGACGAAAAUCGGGGUCCCUUUGCCGGAUAGAACGGCCACCUGUAAAUUCCGAAUCGCUGAGAUCACGGUUUCCAGAAAACAUUCAAAUUGUUUUUUUAUUCUGAAAUUUAGGGCGAGAAAAACUCGAUCUUCAAGGCUCAAACUCGGCAAAUCGGAGACUUUGUCUUCCUGAGGAUCCGAUUCAAAGACGACAAUCCGUUGAACAGAGAAUUGAAGGUAUGGAAGUUAGAAUUUUAAAAGGAAAUAAGAAAUAGUAAGGAACGCCAGAGGGGUCCUUAGAGUGACCAGCUUAGGAACACUUGAAGGUUCCCUCAAGGGACCUUAUAAGUGGCACAGAAGCUUGCAAAAGUGGCCACUCUAGGGGAGCAUGCUAAAAUAAGUCGUUUAAACCCAUUUUAACUAUUAAACAGAACGAAAAAUCAAAAUAUCACUGUAGGGACCACUUAAGCUUUAGGGGGUCAGGGGUCAGGUUCUAAACUCCUAUAGGGAACACUUAAAGUUUAGCCCACUAGGAAGCACUUUUCUGGUCAUCAUAAAACCUUUUUUCUCCCUAACCCCUCUAGUGACCGCUCUGGGGUUCCUAAAUCCACUUGAAAAAGAAAUCUCUGCGCUCUCUUCGCCUCUCGGCGACCCUCUCGUAUUUUGUGCUAUUUUUAUUUUUCUCUGACCUCUUCGGUGAGGGAACAGAGAGACGCAGACAGGCAGACAUUUUCAAGUCGUGGUGAAUAUGCUGUAAAAGUUGUUAGAAUGACGCAAAAUUGAAGGAAAAAGGACUGGGACGUGCUCGUUUCUGGACCUUUCUAGUGACCACUUUAGUAUUGCCAGCACUCUUAAGUGAUCCCUUGAAUUGCACAUAAACGUCCGAAGCACGUUCGAGGAACCAUUUUCUACCUUUUUUGGGAGUCCUUGGAGCCCUUUUUGCGACUUCCUCUAUAUAUUUGGUUUGAAAUUUCCAAACGAUGAAUUCCAGGACACUUACAAUAUGCUGGUGAAGGCAACCUGUAAAAGACGGGACUCGACGAAUUUGGAGGCGACGACGAGAGUUGUCCUGAGAGUGGCCGACAGAAACGACGCCAGUCCGAUUUUCCUCACUUCCGAUGGAUAUCAGGCCACUUUGGAUGAUCAGGUUGGUAUUUUUCCUUCGAGUAGGGCUAGUUUUUUUUAUUUAAUGAUUUUUUGAAGCAUUUUUCUUUUUUCAGCUUUGUUGGAGGAUUUUUGAAGUUGUUUUUUCCUUUUAUGAAUUGAUUUAUUCGCCGGCUUUAAAUAACCAUGUUUUUGGAUCAAUUUUGUCCUUUUUUGGUCCGGUAAAAAUUCCUAAUUUUUUUGGAUUCUCGGUAAUGCAAACCGGACGCUCCCCGGACGUUUCUGAGAGUUCCAAGUGGUCACUUAAGAGUCCGGACGCCCCUAGAGUGGUCACUAGAAACGCUCAGCAGCGUCCGGUUUGCGUUACCGAGGUCCCAGUUUGAUUCAUGACUCGGACAUUGGUAACUCAAAACAGACGUUAUCCGGACGUUUUCUGGGCGAUUCUAGGGAUCACUUAAGAGUUCUGAGGCUACUAAAGUGGUCACUAGAAAUGCCCCGACACGUCCGAUUCGCGUCCCGUUCGCGUUACCAAGGUCCGAAAAUGUUUUUCGAGCCGUUUUUUUCCCUUUUUCAAAAUCUGUGACAACUGCUAUUUUAUUGAAAACACUGAAGUAUGCAAAAAGUUUGAAUUUUUUUUUUUUGAAAAGCUUAUGAUUUUCUUGUCUUUUCUCUAAAUUUUUGGGUUUUUUUCAUUCAAAAUUAGUUCCCCUCACUUAUUAGGAAAUCCAAAAGCAUUCAAGAAAACUAUGAAAUAUCUGCCAAAAUUCAAAUUUUUCUCCCACCCACAAACCCACGAAAAGUCACCUUCAACUCUUCUUUUUUUUCUUCUUUCAAAGAAGAGGUAUGUGGGAUUUAACGACCACGUCUGUUAAUGACAGCGCGUCUUUUCGGCCGCCAUCAUUAAAUAUCCCCGGCAGUUCUCACGACAAUGACGGCAUAAUGACUGAUAUCAAGCAAAUAGAACGUCGAAAGUUAAUGAGUUCAGCUGAAAAAAGGGGUUUAUUAGGACUUCUGUUCAUUUUUUAGCAAAAAAAAAUAUUUUUGGAACAGUUUUUAAAGUUUUUACAACACUUUAGCAGCUGAAAAAGUCGAUGUCAAAAGUCGAAAAUGAUUAUCCGUUUUUUUUUAAUUUUGCAAAUCUGAUUUUUUAUUUACUUCUGCCUUACCGGAUAUUUAAAGUAAAUGGGAUUCAAAAAAAGGUCUUGACUUGAUGAGAGGGUGUGGGAUUCGAGAGAUUUAGACGUCGAUGCAAACUUUUCUAUUUUUUCCGAGUUGAAUGAAGUAAAAUGACGUCAUUUGAAAACCCUCUGUGGAUGGCUCGCUCUCUGAUUGGCUUAUCGAGUCAUUAGGGGGCGGAGCUUGAGCGACGGCUUGAUAUUCAAAAUUUGGACUGACUAGGUCAAUAGCCAGUGGUUGAGCAACAAAAAAGCAGAAAAAUGCGAGAUUUUUUAGCCUUCCAUGCGCAAAAAAUAAACUAUAUGGUAUAGUUAUACAGUUGACAUUGAGGCAGAAAUCUGUAAAAAUUGAAUUUUCUUCUCUUUCCAUCAAAAAAAUGAGUUCGAGCUUUUUUUUUUGGAAUAAAUGCAUUUUUCCAGACGCCUCCGUUCUCAAAAGUCCUGCAAGUAGAAGCCUCGGACGCCGACGUCGGAAUCAAUUCGGAAGUCUAUUACUCGUUUGCCAACCACAGUCAUGACUUCUUCGUCGACGCCGUCAGCGGUAAAAACCAAAAAAAUAAGAAAAAAAAUAAUAAGUUUGGAAAUUUCAGGCUGGGUUCGGACGUUACGACCUCUGAAAGCUGGAAAAUACGAGUUGAAAGUGCGGGCGGAAGAUCGCGCCUCGCGCUUGUUCUACUACGACGAGGGGGACGAGAGGAUGAUCUGGACCGAGGACGUCAUUGUAAUUUUUUGAAAGUUACAGAAAAAACGGAUUGUUGAGCAUAUAGGGGCAGUAAAUGCGGAUUUUUAAAGGUGAAAAAAAAUUUGAAAUUGACGAGAAUUGACCUUCAGACGCGCCUUGUAGCAUUUCUAGUGAUCACUUUAGCGGCGUCAACCCUUGUAAGACAAAAAAUGAAGAUUAGUGUUGUCCGUAGAGCGAUCUUGCUGCUAUGUCAUGGUUAUUUUUUCGACCUUCAGAAGAAAUCAAAUUUGUAAGUGUAUAAGAGGUGAUGGGUGGGUUAAAAACGGUGUUUGAAAGAGUAAAACAAUCAAUUUUAAAAUUGAAACGAAAACGGACCUCAGACGCGCCCCGGAGCAUUUCUAGUGGUCACUAUAGCGGCGUCAGCACUUUUAGACCUCUCAGAUCUCUUAAGCGAUCACUAUAAUGGCUCCGAGGCGCGUCCGGUUUGCGUUAGGUCUAAAAUGACUACUUAAGGAGAAUGGCUAACCAAAAAAAAAAAUGGCGAUUACUAUUCUCCAUAGAGCAACCUUGCUGCAAACCGCACUUUUGGCGAGGUCAAAAAAUUUUUUCUUUGAAUUUUUUCGUUCCAAAGUUUAAAAUUCUGUACAUUUUCAAGUGUGUAGUUUUGAACACGAUGGAAAGCUCUAUAAAAAGCCACUUUUUUUUUCAUCAAACUCCAUUUUUACUGCAUAUGCGCCUUUAAAGGCACAGGUGCACUAAAAUCGUUUUCUUUGAUCCAAAACUCCAUAUAAAGACAUUUUUUGUGAUCCUGAAUAUAUCAUUUUUCUACUGCUAUUAUUCGAAAAAAGAUAAUCUAAAAUGAUUUUUUUUUUGUAGAUCACAGUAACUGAGACGAAACACGCUCCACUGCGAGUUUCCGUGGAGACGAAGGCGAUCAGCGACGAAAACCUGGAGUCUGAGCAGUUGGCGGCGGUGAUCAGCGUCUUGAACAAGAACGAGGGCGUCCAGAUUGGCUUCAUCGAAGACGAUCUGAAACAUUGGUUCCGGAUUGAACGACAGGAUGAUCUUUGGCUAUUGUACACGGUUUGUAAUGGGAAAAAACUUGGGAACACCGGAGUGAUCCCUUAAGGGGCAAACUUAGGGACACUUUAAGGUUCCUCUUUAGGGACCACUUGUAUUUUACCCCUCUAGGGAGCACUAUUUUGUCUCCUUAGGGACUUUUUUCCCCUCUAGGGAACGCUUCUGUUGUGAUUACUGUUUCAUAGAUUUUAGAUAACUACAAUUUUUAACUUCCAAUCUGUUCUUGCGUGUUUUUGAAGCAGAAUAAUUACUGUUUUUCGCUGAUCUUUGAAUUUUGUGAAAAAUUGAUCUGCGCAGUUAGGAGUGUCAUUUGAGCUCUACUGAAAUCAACCAGAAUUGAUUUUUUUUUCUCGAUAAGAUUUGCUUUUUCAAUAGGUGAUUUAUUUUUUUUUUUCUGCUGUGUUUACUGUUUUAAAAGUUUUAUUUAAAUCAAACAACAUAUAUUUCAAUUGUUAUGUCACAAGUUAUGAUCGAAAAAAUUGUGUUAUUUUUAAAAAUUUUCAUGAAGUUUGGUAAAGGAGAGAUUUGAUCGGAUAGAAGUAUCAUAUGCGCUCCGUGGACAUUAAGCUGAAGAAAUCGAGUUUUCAGAAACGUUUUUUUGCUUUGUUGAUCUCUGUUAAGUUUUUUUCCUCUUUUAUGAUCACUGUUUUAUAAGUUUUGUAUAACUUGAAAUGACAAAUUUUCUUCAAUCGUAACGAUAAAACGAAGAUAGGCAAAGUCGGAAGUGUGGAAAAAGGUUCCGUUAGAAAUGUUCCUUUUAGGGAGAAAGUCUUUUUUGCUGCAUUUUUGCGCCAUUUUCUCAGCCCUUAUGCACCAUUUUUGCUGCCUCUCCCUUUUACACCAUUUCUUGAGCCUUUAGAGUUCUAGAAAAAUGGAAGGCUCAAUAAAGGGACUCAUUUUGCCGCCUUUUUGCUGCCUUUCUGCGGCCUUUUUUGAGCCUCUCCCUUUCAGCCGCCAUAAUUCAUUAUUCCGACUUUGCCCGUGUAUGAAGAAAAAAAGUCCAACUAAAGUGAACUCAAUUGUAGAUGAUCAUUCAGUUCUGAAUUCCAGGUUCCAAGAAUCUCGAUUCCCGAUGGAGCAAAUGUUACCGUAACUGCUGGAAGUGACGAAGUGCGCGGACAUGACCAGAAAAAUACGACCGUCUUGAUUCGAGUUUUAUUUUUUCCAGAUCUAACAGCCUAAAUCAUGAUUUUAGAUCGAGAAACAAGUGUCCCAUGGCAUUGAGUUCACGGAGAAGAAAUAUGGAUUCAAAGUGAACGAAAUGUCGCCCAUCGGGAAGGUCAUUGGAGCCGUCGAUGUGAAGCUGAAAUUCGCCAGCGAUUCCAAACUUGUCAGGUUGGAAAUUCGAUUUUUGCUAAGAAAACGUUUUGGGGAAUAUUUUAGAAAAAUCUAUCGAGUUUUAAUUGCUUUUAUAAAAAGGACAACUUUAGAAAAAUAGACAGAAAAAAAAAUUUUUUUUUUGCAGAUUUCGGUAGAGAUUUUUGAGUUCGCUUUUAUUCAAAAUUUCAAACUUUCUUGGGAUUUAAAGUAGAUUUUCAAAUCAUCAGGAAAAGUGCUAUAAAAUACAAUAUUCCACUGGAAAAAUGCUUUGACGUCUGAUUUUGCUUUUUUUUUCCCUUAAGUGGCCACUCGAGAGGUUUCAAGGCCUACAGGGCACUAAAGCGGUCACUAAGAACCUCCAUACUAUUUCGCCUCAUAGUGGUCACUGGAGUAGUUUUUAGUGGUCUAAUGGCAGCACUAGACUUUUAAAUUGACCACUAGUUUUAAGCCACUUAAGUAACCACUAUUUCGACCACUAUAGUGGCCCCUAAAACGUCAAAAGUCUAAAGUGGUUACUAAAGGGUUUCCCAGCAAAGUUCAAGAGCAAAAACUCCUCAAAAAACCAAGAUAGAUUCUUAAAGUUCAAACGUCAAGUCUUCCAGAUUCACGCUGGAGUCCAAGGACGCCAACUCGAGCCUUCCAUUUGUGAUCGGAGCCGAAACGGGCGUCUUGCGACUCGAAUCCCCACUGGACUACGAAAAAGACAGGAUUUACGAGUUCACAGUGACGGCCAAGGUCUGCCACACGCGUGUUGAUGGCCGAUUUGUCAACGGGGCGCGUUUGUUGCAGAUUGACGGAUUCGGACAGACGAGCCAGGCGUUGGUGGAAGUCGUCGUGCUCGAUGGCAACGACAAUUCGCCGGUCUGGGCGGCCAAGUGGAUGCGACAGGCUCCUGUCGCCAUCCCGGAAGGCGCCCCGAUUGGAACCGUCCUUUUGAAGGUCGACCAGUUUGAUCCUUUCCUGGGGAAUGAAAUUGGGAAGAUUUGAGGGGGAAAUUGUGAAGUUUUAGUCGAGAUUUUUGGAUUAUUUUCAAAAAAAGCUAUCUAAAAACGAGUUAGAAAAUGAAUUUUUGAUUGAAAACAAUUUUUUGAAGGUGUUCUUUCUGAGUACCUUAUGUUAAAAAAAAGCUCUUGGCUGGAAUAUUUCGUUUAGUAUGAACAAGAAAAAUGAAGAAAGGAUUCUUCAGAAGAAUAAAUUAACGACUAGAAUAGGAAACACCAGAGUAGUCCCUAUAGGGGUAAAAUUCAGAUGGUCCCCUAUAGGGGAAGGUGAAGCGACCCCUAGAGGGUAGCCUUCAAGGGCUUCUUUAGAGUUCACUCGAAUCCUAAGUAAAGUUUUAUCAACUAAACUGCUUCAGAAUGGAAUUUUAGUUCAUUUAUUGAGUUUUAGGUUGAUGCGACGGACCGAGACGAAGGCGACAACGGCAGAGUUGGCUAUAAAAUCGCCACAAAUACCGUUUCUCCUCUGCGAGUUGGAAUCGACAGUGGAGAGGUAAUGGUUUCAUUGGAUUCCUUGAUUUUUAUAUAUGCCAAUGAAGUUUUUUCUAAAUGAUUUUUUCAUCAAAUUUCAUCUCAGAUUUCGAUCGCCUCGCCGCUGCCGAAGGCUGAACAAGAGUGGAAUGUGGCGGUUUGGGCGGUCGACUGGGGCCAGCCGCUCUCACGGGCCACCGCACUCAACCUCGUCUUCUAUCGGAACGGAACCAAGGUACCGUCGUUUCUUCCAGUCGUUUUUCCGGGAAGAAGCUCACAGUUUCAAACGGAGGGACUCUUGUUGUAGUGGGGAGCUUGUUUUUUGUUGGUCAGACGCUACAGAGCAUUUCUAGUGACCACUUUAGGAGCGUCAGAACUCUUAAGUGAACCCUAGAAUUGCUCAGAAAAGUUCCGAGAAACCUCAUCCCAUAUGAAAAACGCAAAAUUAUCCGGAUAAUAUUUAUUUCAAGUAUAGUCCAUUCAUCGCUUUUUUGAAGAUUUUUGUAAAAAAGACCAAAAUAUUUGCGAGAAAUCGUGGAAAAAAGAGGUUUUUAGACGUUUCCCCAGCAUUUUCUCUCCAUAAAUGACGAUCAACGGAAUUAUAAAAUGUCGAAAACAGCUUUUUUGAUCUUUUUUGACAAAGCUUUGGUACUGAAAUGUACCUGAAAUCGAAGGAAAAAAUGAAAUUGGAUAGCUUUGUUUUUCAUUUCUGAUUUGGUAAAUUUUAACAUUUUCAUAUAGAUUUUUCUGGAGUAGCUGCUAGAUUUCGAGAUUUUUUUCCGUUAGAGAAAAUUGAAAAAUUUUAAAGGUUCUAGACUUCUUUGAUACGGUUAGAAAAGCAGAGAUCUGCCAAAACCAAGAAUUUUUUUUUCCGAGAAUAUACAGUGCGCGUCAUAAAAAUAGGACCCCCCUAAAAUUUGACUUUUUCGGUGUAAGAAACUGGCUGUAAACUGUAUUUUACGCUGAAUUAAAGCUUAUUUGUGAGGGGAUCCUAUAAUUUUCAUGCGACGUCAUUUUCCGCAUUUUCGGCUCGCGUGACGUUGCGAAAGGAGUUUUCUUCCUGAUUUUUUGAACACCGGCUUUUUCUUGUACGCCAUACAUUAACAUCUUUCUGAUAAGCCAGUUUCUGAAACCGAAAAAGUCAAAUUUUAGGGGAGUCCUAUACUUAUGAGGCUAAACGUAUCAGAAAAACAAAAGUUUUUCAAUAAAUUUUUUUAAAUGUUGCUUUUGAAACAGGAUCGUGUAAUUAUAUAAUUAAAUCUUUUUUUCCAGGUGCCUGCCAAGCCGAGGCCAGUUAUCUCGCCGGAGCUGAAGAACGAAAAUGCGCCAGUUUUGGAAAACUUGCCCGAAGAAGUUACUGUAGAGGAGGAUGCACCAGUUGGAACAGUAAUUUUUCGAAUUUCCAAUUUUUGCUUGUCGCAAGAGAACCAAAUUGGUUAAGAAGGGAAUUUAAAAAUGUCAGCUCACAGUUUCGUUUUUUUUUUUAGUGUGUUUGGAGCUUAAUCCAUUGAAAAAAUUCAAUUAUUGCUCAUGUUAAAGAAGCUUUUUCCAGAGGGCAACUUGAUAUUAACCAACUUUUCAAACUUUUAAGAUGAAAAUACUCGAUUUUCUGAAACCUAGCGGUUGAUUUUAUCAAUUUUUUCACUUUGGAAUUAUUUGACCGCACGUGGAAUGGAUCAUUGGUUACGGUGUGCAUAAGAAAAGUGCGUAAAUCAUGAAAAAUCCAGCUUUCCAUUGCUCAUAUUAGCGGAACGGUUCUGCAUAUCAAUCCCAAGGAAGACCUGAUCUCUCAGCUGGCUGUCACGACGAAACGAUUGGCGAUAUUGUUAUGACUUAAGCCACUCAUGUUGAUGUUUCAACGGAUAAUCGGCUUCUGGGAAUUGCGGAUUGACCCAAACUCGUGGGUUAUUAGGAGAUGUUAUCGGGUGGCGAAAGGCGUGGAAUAGGCCAGGAUGCGUCGUCGCCGUCGCAGCUGCCUCCUACAGUCUCGACGGGGGGCUUUUUGUCUCAAUCUACACGCGCGGGGGGGUCGGAAACAAUAAAGAGAGGGGUCUACAUGGGUUAGGAAAUAGAAAUCGAUGAUCAUUAAUUGAAUAGUAAAAAAUCAACCUUUUAUUCUUCUUGACGCUUUUGAGUGAUUGGAGCUUCAUUUUCGGACAGAACUUUCUUGGACCAGAAAAACCGCAUUCUGAAGUUCAAGGUCUAGACUUUUAUGCCUGAAUCUAACUACUAGGGACCGUUUGGGUUUUGAGGUUUUAGUGGCCACUAUAGCAGUAAAAUUAGUAGCCACUUAAGAGGUUAAAAGUUAGUGGUCACUAUAGAGGUCUAAGUGCUACUACUAGACCACUGAAAAUUUUAGUGGCCACUUUAGGGGUCGACGAAUCAUCAUAACUGGUCCAAUCUGUUUGUUUGAAAAUUAUCAGAGGGGAAGGAAUACUGGUUGAAAAACUACUGAAGUGGCCACUAAUCAGAAAACCACUAUAGUGGCCACUAAAACGGAAAAUAGUGGCCACUAUAGAGUUGGGUUUAGUGGCCACUCUAGUGUCCUCUCCAAGUAGUCCUUGGCGAGCCUCUAUAGUGGCCACUAAAAAUUUUCCCAGUAACUCUCAAAAAAAUGCUACCCUUUUUUUCUAACCCCAUUUGAAGGACCAUAUGUCUCAAAAAGGGUCAGCCCUUUCGAAGAUUGAUGACUGCCUCCAUCAAAAGACUCAGAAGUUUGAAAACAAUGAAGACCGGGCGCACCUCUUCAUCAACUCAAAAUCGAUAAGUAGUUUGGGAAUGCAAAAGUUUUCUGGUGGCUGGGUGUUGAAGUGGACGAUGAAGGGGGGACCAACUCGAGUGCUGGUCAAGGAAAUGAGGGCCAUCUUCUUGUUAGCCCCUGCCAGAUGGCCUCCCGUUGCCCACAAAAAAGGGACCAAUCAUAAUUGCCUUUCUCGGCGUGGCUCUCUCCUGUUUUUCGGCAACCUCCGACACAUCAUUCCGGCCAGAUUUUGAGACAUUUCGGGGAUUUUUUUUUUGAGCUGGAAGUCAAGAGCAAGAAUAAGAGCCGUAGUGUACAUUUGUAGAAUUUCGAAAGCAAGAAAGGCAACAGAAGAUCAAAUUGAAAUGUACAACUAGGAAUUACUAGGUAUGAAGGUCUUUGAAGAAAUAUAAAUGAAAAUUAUUCAAAAAAAAAUAUUUUUUUCCGGGGCUUUCAAAGUGAAAAGGGGGAAGAAUUAUUUCACAUAAAAAAUAUUUUCUCUUAUUUUGGAACUGAAACAGCAAAGACAUGAACCAUACAGAUUUUUUUUUGGUGAUUUUCAUAGAUUCAUUGGACCUUUUUCAAGCAUUUUGAAUGUCUUUUUUUAAAUUUAGUUUCACUUAAACUUGAUAAUCGGCUUCAUGAUCGAGAAAAAUGAAGCGAAAUUUCAAUAUUUUGAUGAUUUUGAGCAAUAUUUAAAGAUUCUUAUGGUCUUGGGCCUAAUUGGGAAAGAAGAGUUGGAAUUUGAGAGAAAUCGGAGAUUUGCCUUUUUUUAAAUAUUUAUUUCGAGAUAUCGGUAAACUGAAGUGAACUUCUAAAAUGUGUAAAUUUAAAGCAGUUUAUAUGAAUUUAUAUGAAGUCUUGAACUCAAAUUAAAAAAAAGGCAACUUCAAGAAAAAAAAAAUCGGAACUUCCACUGUUUUACUAUUCCUCUUGAGCUACGGGAAAAUGACGAGAAAUUAAAAAAUAUAUAUUUAAGCAGAUUUAGAAAGAUUCUUCAGAAGUUUUGGGCUAAAAAUUGAUAAAUCAAACUCGGAACUCUGGAAAAAAAAACUAAAAUUUCACCUUCUUUCAAUAACUUUUCUCAAAAUCUCCAUUUCCAGAUCUUGACCACUCUGACGGCCUCGGAUCCUGAUCUCGGCUACAACGGACUUGUUCGAUUCGCGGUCUGGAACGACCUCCUUGAAGUCGACGAUUCGGGAGUCGUUCGAGUCGCUCGGAGCUUGUCCAAAACCCUCAAAGAUGGCCAAAGAACGGCUCAGCUUCAUGUGAUUCGACUAUCAACUGGACUUCUUCACAAAGUACUUUUCAGGUCAAAGUGACGGCUCAGGACGCUGGAAAUCCGCCGAAAUCAACGGAAGGACGCUUCAAAUUGGUCGUGAAGGACGUCAAUGAUCACGCUCCCGUUUUUGAACAGGUACAGUUUCAGAAAAGAAAUAAGGAAGAUUCGGUUCGAGACAAAGAACUUGCUUUUUUUGCUGGGUAGAAUUCUGAGAUUUUUGAAUUAAAAAUGACCUAUUUUGAUCAGUGAAGUAUGCUUAAGGACAGGAAAACGCAAAUUUUUGAAUUUUUUAUCUUUCCGUGAAGAUUUCAAACCGUUUGAUGCGUUGAGAACGAGAAAAAAAAUUGUUUUUUUCGCACAAAAUUUCAUUUUUCGUUCUUUUCUCCAUUAUUUGCAACUUUUUUCAAGUUUUUUUUCUGUCAUUUUCAUGAAUUUUUCCGCCAUGAAAGCUUUCUAUUAGAUUUGAUAUUGGUCAAAAAAAAAUUUUUUUUUCUGAUUAAAGGUUGAUCAAAAUGAGCAACUUCAUGUGCACAGAUUCUUCACUUUCUUGCUUAAAAUUGAAUUUUUUCUGGAAAAGGAUAAAAAUUCGUGAGAUUUUAAACACAAAAUCGGAAUCACCGCUUCAAAAAACCUAAAUUUUUUAAACCUCGUUUUUUUUUUUGGCCAUACACCUUGUACUUUUUACAAGGAAGGUCAUUUUACUUUGCGGUUGGGAAUUUCUUGAAAUUUGGCCAGAACACUUCUGGAUGUACCAGAAAACGAUCCUGAAAGUGUCAACCUGCACAACUUCUUUUUUUUGCUUCUAACGUUUCAAAAUUUUAAAAUUUUACAAAAACCUUGAUUCUCAGUUUCCCUAAUUAGAUAAAUACGAUGCGCACCAUUUCAUGUCUGUUCGCAAUAGGAGAAGAAAUAAAUUUAUAAGGGAAUAAUCAUUUUUGGAAAAUAAGCCUCAAAGUCAAGGAAACCAUUAAAAAUCCGUUAAAAUAGGCCAUUUUGAGGCUUUGAGCCCUUAUUUCUCGGAAACUAGAAAGUUUUGCAGGUUUAGACUUUCAGGUUUUUUUUCUGGUACAUCAGGAAGUGUUCUGGCUGAAUUUCAGAAAAUUCCCAUUUUAAUCCUCUUUUUUGGCAACAUAACUUGAAAUUAUAUGAAAAAAUCAAUUUCUCCAAUGUUUUUACUGCCUUUUUUUGCGACUCUUUCCGCUCUUUUUACAUUAUCUCAACGCCUGGACUCAUUAAUGACCGGACGACGGCCGGAGACUUGCAAUACGAGCCCCGUUUUUAGGCCUGUCCGGCACCCUAAUUUGUCUUGCCUUGUCCCCUCCCGAGUGCCUUGUUUUUAUGAAGCAACAUGAGGCGAGCGGAUUAAUGUAAGCUCUCUCCUCCCAAUGUAGAUUAGCAUGGCCAUGGACCCACCCGACAGCAGGUCCCCUGCACUCGGCAAACAUUGCAAAAAAGAUCACCCAAAAUUGAAUCGAAAUGCUCAAAGAGGGACCGGAAUUUGAUUUUUUGAAUUUUGGGAGUUGGUAGAGAGUAUUGAAAAGCAUCCUAAACUUCGAUUUUGUAAGUUUUUGCAAUGAUUAUAAGAUUUUAUAGAAAAAUUCAAGAAAAAAGGUCGGCAAACACUGCAAAAAAGUAGAUUUUAUUUUUAGUUAGAACAAGAAAUUUGAACGAGUGAAUCACCAAAAAUUGAAUCGAAAUGCUCAAAGAGGGAUUAGAAUUUGAGAUUUUGCGAGUUGACAGAGAUUUUCCGGAAGCAAGAAGCCCCCCAAAAUGAAAUUUUUCUUUUUUUAUUAAUGGUUAUAAGAUUUUUUUUUUCGAAUGUUCAAGAAAAAGGUCGGCAAACACUGCAAAAAAGUAGUUAGCCAUUCGCUAAAAUAAAAUAAAAAAAUGAAUGAUUGAAUCACCAAAUAUUGAGUCGAAAUGCUCAAAGAGGGACUAGGAUUUCCCCUUUUUGUUGGAUUUUUGCGAAUUGAGAUGAUUUUUCGAGCUUUUUCGAUACACUACGACUUUUGCUCGUUUCAAAAAAAUUUAAAAUUUGCUAAAAUAAAAUUUUGCGAAAAAAAUAAAAUUUCUCUUUCUUUCUCCAUCCAAAAGCUUCCGAGUAAUCAAUUUUUCACAAUUCUCCUUAUUUUUGAUACCCAACUUCAAUUUUUUUCCAAUUUUUUUCGUGAUGAUUGAAAGGUUCUUUCAAAAUAAUCCAAAGAAAUUAAAUUUGUCACACUCGGCAAAAAUUGAGAAAAAAAGGUCACCGAAAAUUUGAAUUGAAAAACGGGAAAGAGGGGACCGGAGUUUCUUCAUUUUUCUUUGAAUUUUUGCCAAGCGAUAAAUUUCUUUCGGCACUCAGAAGCCUCCUAAAGAUCAAAUACUUUUAACCUUCAACUUUUUUUUCUUUUCUGUGAAGAUUAAAAAUUUCGGAAAAUUGAGAAAAAAAGAAAGGGGAGCUUGUUCGAUUUUCGAAAGUUACCUAUUUGGCUCUAGAGCUUUUAAAGAAGAAGCUGAGACGAUUUCCUGUCUUCUCACUUAGAUUUAAAGUAUUUUUCAAAAAAGUUCUUCGCUUUUACUUUUAAUUAUUUUCCGUUUCGUUGACGAGUAUGAAAUGGUGGCACCAUGGUGCACAUCGCAUUUAUGUUGUUAAGGAAACUGAGAAUCAAGGUUUACACGUAAUUUUUUUUAAAUUUCAAAUUUUCAAAGUAUGAGAAAUUUUACGCCGUGGUCGAAGUGAUUUGCGCAAAAUUUAAAAAUAUCUCUGACUCUCCAAAAUUUAGUUAUCUUUUUUUCAUUCUCCGACGGCUUUUUUUUCUCAGUUCCGUGGAUUUUUUUUUUGAACCAUUUUUUUUUUUGAACCAUUAUUAAUCAAAUCGAAGCGAAAAAAAUAUUUUCACUUACUAAAAAAAAAGUCGCCCACUGUAUAGCAAUAUUCUAACCAUCAGUAGAUGAAAACUCAUUAACAACUUUUUGUUGAUGUUCAUAUACUUCAUAUCUGAAACUGGAAUGUGAGUCAGAUCCGAAUUUGAGCGUGACGUCAAGGCUUCUUAUUCAUAAUUAGCUAAUGGAAUCGUGGGUCGGCGGUUUCUGUGUGAAGUGACCGCACGCAAGGAAAUGAGGGGUCAGAAAAGGCGAAAAGAGCCGUCCGACAGAGCAAAUUAUACGCUUCUUUCUGCGCCGAAUUGCAUAAGAAAUUAUUUUAUUUUUGAUUGGGUACCAAUAUCAAGAGAAAAGUUGUAAUUAAAAAGUUAUGUUUUAAAGUCAUUUUUUUGGAUGAUUUGAUAUUUUUCAAGGCUUUAUGCUAUUGAAAUCGUUAUUUUUUAGUGUUUCUUGCAAAGAAAAAGCGGAUUUUACCCGGUCAAAAAAAUUUGGACCUAUUCUUAAGAAGAUUCUAGAAUAAUUCAAUUGAUUAUCUGUGUUAAUGAAAAGUUUAAGAGGUGAAAAAAAUUAACAAAAAAAAUAAUUUUUGCGCACUGAAAUUUAAAAAAACGUUCUGAAAAAAAGGAAAAUAAUCCGUUUGGUUUGAAUUAAAAUUUUGUUAAAUUUCAUGAUUUUUUUCAAUUUUUCUAAUUUUUUUCCCCAAGGUUUCGACUUUUUUUGGGGACUUGAACAUGUUGAAAUAUGAUUUGAACACCAUUUUGUUUCUGUUCGAUACACAAUUGGAAGUGAUUUCUAAGAUUUUUUUCAAGUUUUUAUUUUUUUUUUGAGGUCGACUUUUUUUGGAUUUCAACAAUUUGAAGUAUGGUUUCAACAGUUUUUUCUUUUUUUUCAGUCCGACUUAACCAAGAUUUCUAUGAGUAAAACUAAAGAAAAGAUCAUAAAUCAGCUUGAUUCACCAUAAUAAAUUCAGAAGGCUCAGUUUCUUCUUAAUUCCCAUCAAAUAUGGCCUCUUGUAUCGAAUAACUCCAGCAUUGGCUGACGCUCAAGUGUUUACAGCGAUGGUACCGCGUGCGGAUCUCGGAAGACACGAAGAUCGGCUUCGAGAUGCUCAAAGUGACAGCGACCGACGCAGAUGGCGGCGACAACGGCCGCGUCGGCUACAGAAUCGCGCCCGACGGCGACAGUCGCGUCGUCGACGUCGACGCCAACACUGGCGUCGUCAAGCUCGUCAGGCCGCUGGAUCGGGAGGCGUUGGACGUGAUGAAGUGGGUGUUGGGCCUGGCCAGAAGAACGUUGUAGUAGGAGAUUCAUAAGUAACGAGAAACUAAACACUUUACAACUAACAAAGGAGUUAAAUAGUGCUGAGGGGGAAGAUUACGAAGACUAUAGGAUUUUUUUUAGAAUGAAGGUGGAUUUUAGAAAAUAUUGAGAUUAAAGUUGAAGAUUGAACAUUUUAGAGAUUUACAGAAUCGUCGCCGAAACCGUAGAACAGCGGAAAAAUCAAGUUGUCACUUAAGUGAUUCCUCAAGGACUACUUGGAGAGGUCAUUAAAGUGGUCAAUAAAACCACUUCUAUAGAAUCUACUGGUUUGCGUCUUAGUGUCCAUUACAGUAGUUCUAGUGGUCUAGUAGUACCUCUCCGGCUUUUAAAGAGGCCACUAAUUUUACCUCUACUUCAAAACCCUAAAGUCGCCACUUGACAUUUCUCAAGAACAUUCGACAACAAGGUGGAACUUUCUCAAAGGUUAUAGAGCAACUGAGAACAUUGUGAAACUUUCUGGAAACCAAACUUCAUUCCUAUGACGUAAUGAAACUAGCAAUGUAUAGGAUAGUAUGGAACAUUCUAAAAUCAGCUUUAAACAUAAGAAUUAUGGUCUAACAGUGGGAGUUGAGUAAGUAAAGAAGGAUUUGCAGGUACGUGGUGAUUGCCCACGACCACGGCAACCCCCAGAGGUCGAGCUUCGCGAAUCUGACGAUCGUCGUCGAGGAUGUCAACGAUAAUCCGCCUGUUUGCAUCCAACAGACCACUGUGGUAGGUUUUUUAAAAGUACAAAGAUUAAACUUUAAAACGACGAAAUUGAGAUGUUUGAAAAAAACUUUGUAGAUCAAUAAAGGCUGACAAAUUUUUAAAUCUCAUCUACAACAAAAAUUCGUAUAGUUUGAAUUAACAAAUAAAGAAAUAAGCGUUUUUUUUAAAGAUUAGUUGAUUCCUGGUGAGCUUUGGAAAUGGAGCUAAAUAUUGAACUUUCCCUCCAGGAAAUAUAUAAAAAAAAAUUCUCUCAUUUUUUUGGAAAUUUUUUUCAGUUUAUCAUAUGAGAAAAAAAGUUUGAAAAAAAUAAUCGAAAAAUUUAGGGGUUUCAAACAAAAAAAAUAUUAUAAACGAAUAAAAAGUCUCAACAAUCGAAAUUUUUCACUGCUCUAGAAACUGUUGAAUCAACUUUGAAACCGGCAAAAAGUUGGGGAAAGUUUUUUUAAAUAACUCCCCUGUUUCACUAUUUCUUUUUUUUAUCGGAAAUUUUUUUCAGUUUUGUUUUAUAUGACAGCUGUUGGAAACUGGAGACUUUUCAAAAAAAGAAAAAUUUGUUUUCCAGGUCCGAAUUCCCGAAGACUAUCCCGACGGCGCUUUUGUGACCUGCCUGGCUGCCCGAGACCCGGACACGGGUCCCAACGCGAAACUCCGCUUCACGAUCGACCCUCCGGAAGGCGCCUACUCUCACCGGUACCCUUUCCGGAUGGACCAUCACACGGGCUGUCUCUUCGUCCACGCGCCCCGGGAACCUCUCGACUUCCAUCGGACGCCCUCCUACAACCUCACGAUCGAUGUAGGAGAACUGCUUUUUCCUUAAAAUCUUAGAUUCUGAAGGAAACAAGGCUUGAGAAAAUAUACUGUACUUGUAGAGAUCGGAGUAGACUUUGCCUUACAAGGGAACUGUUUUUACCCCCCGGUUGAAAUUUUGACGAAACUUUGCAGGGAUGUACUUUAAAGGUAUAGGGGCAGUAAAAAAUGGGGUUUCAGGUGAAAGCAGUAUCUUAUAUAGUUUUUCUUUGCGAAUCGAAUGGUGUACCCAAAAAAAUUACAGAUGUGACAACUUUAGAAGAAAAACGCGAUUUUACUUUCCCGCCUUUAAUUUUGAAAAAGUGCUUUGGAUCGCCUACGGACAAAUGUUUACAGUAGCGGUGCACGCGAUGUUGCGGACUUCUCAUUAGACUCGCAUUUUGUGAGAAAUAACCGGAUAUCUGCUUCAAAUUAAAGGUUUCUUCUCUGAAAAAUCGAUUAAGAAAGCAGAAAACACACAUUGAUAAUAAAGAAAACACAAAUAAUCGCUAUCCCAAUCGAAACCUGUGUAAAAUCAUCAUUUUUCACCAGAAAAGCAUUUUUGCGAUCAAAGUUUUCAAAUUAUACUUGAAUAGAAAGCUUUUGUGACGAAAAGAACUUUGAUGACAACAGAAAAAAUUGAAAAUUGAAAGAAACGAAGAAAAAAGCGAAAAUCCGGAAGAUGGCGAAGCCUGUUGUCCAUAGAGCAACUUUACUGCAAAACGCCCUUUUCGCGGGAACUCAAACUUUCUUUUCUCCGACUUUGAAUUAUUUUUUCUACAAAACUAGGAAGUUUGGUACAUUUCCAAGUUCAUCGUUAGAUUCGCAAUGAAAAGCUUUACAAGGUACUGACUUGAACUGAAACACCAUUUUUUACUGCCCCUAUGCCUUUAAGGCAUGCUGAUUCCUAAUCAAAAAUUAAAUUUCUCUACUUUUGCCUGGUAGUCGAGUUAUGAAAGCUCAAAGUUAAUUGGAUCUUUGUCCGAAAUAUUCAAAUCCCGGCAAAUAAUAAAGUGUUGGAUGUGCAGGUGGCGGACAACGGCGACACCCGGCUUUCGACGACUUGCCAGCUGGUCGUCGAGCUCAUCGAGUUCGAUUAUUACCAGCACCCGCUGGAGUUUGACGACGUCGCCAAGGAAGCCAGUGUUUAUGGUGGGACUUGAUUUUGACUUCCAAAAGGGGACAGACCGAACUAACAGUGUCAUUAGAGGGUGGAGUUUGAACUCUUUUUGAAAUUGUGUCUGAAGGUUUAGAAGAAGACCCUCAUAGUCCCAAUAAUCACUACUUACUGUUAUCAGGGUGGCUGAAAACAAAUGCAUGUUUUUGGCGUUCGUUAGUCACCGAUUUCCAAUGAUAUAAAAAACGAUCUUUAUGCUCUGUUAAAAGUUAUUUCGCGAAAUCCAAAAUAGUCGUUAGAGAAAGAAAAAGAUAACUGAAUUUUGGAGAGUCAGGGAUAUAUUUGCAUUUCGCGGAAAUUACUUUGAACACGCCACAGAUCUGUCUGUGAGCGAAAUAAACAUUCAUUCAACACGGCGUUAAUAAUCCCACAGGUAAUUCCGAACCGCUGUUUGAAAGUUUAUUCUGGCCUUUUGAGUCGGAAAACCUCUGUCAAAUGCUUUUUUUCAGUUUUUUUAAAAAAAUAUUUAACUAUUUUUCUAAACCUGUUUCAAGCACUUUUUUUAACAAGUUGUGGAAGGACCAUUUUUUUAUUAAAAAAAUUGGAAGAGUUGAGUUUUUAUUUGAUUUAUAAAUUUGUUUUUAAACCCAAGCAUCAUGAUGAGAAAAAAAGUGCUUGAAUUUGAAAAAAAGACCAAACUUUUCAGCUGAUAUUUAAAAAAAAUUGAAAAGACAUUUUUGAGAUUUUUCGGAAAAGUACUCAAACUGCUGCAUACACUGACUUAAAAAAUGAAAAAUUUCUGGAAAACGCCUCGAAAAUAACACAAAGAACUUCAUCCGUCUAGUUUUCUUGAUUCAAUCAAUACCAAAAAAAUAGCCCUGCAAAAGGGAUUUUUCGGUAUGAUCUUUUGUCCAAAUUCAAAAAAACUUUUAAAAAAACGAGUUAAUUGUAAGCCAAAUUUCUAUGUAGGAAGAUAGAACUUGAUAAGUCCGGGAGAAGGACUUGAAAAAAAUUUCGAAAAAGAAUAGAUCAGAGUGUUCACUUUAGGGCAGUUUUAAUAAGUAAAAAAACUAAUUUUUUUAACUUUUUGGGAGGUAGUACUGACUUCAGUUGAGAAAAAAACUUGGGAAACUUCCAAAAUUCUGAAAAAAUGAAAAAGAUCUUCAAACAACGACUGGCGGGUAAAUUUAUUUUUGUGCCAACAACCGCGAACGCACACGCUACGCGUCCCGCCCACUUUUCUGCCUCUCUCGCCUUUCAAUUCGCGAAAAAUUGACUAUAUGUUCAAACUAUGUACAAAAACAAGCUCUCCCCAAUGAAAUAAACAAUUUUGAGAAAACCUUGCAUUUUUCUCCACCUGAAUAAUUAAUAAAUUAUUUUCUUUUCUUCAGAGAACUCGUCGCCCGGCACGGAGGUGAUCAUGGUCGGCGUGAAGGAAAUCGAGGAGAAACGCAAAAUUUCCACUGUCCAGUACUCGAUCAUCGACGGCGACGGCCGCCCAUAUUUCAAUAUAGAUGACAAAGGUCCCGUUUUUUCAAACGUUUGAUGUCCCCCCGUCAGAACUUGUCAUAGUAGUUGGUUGUAGUAAUUCCCCGAAGAGAAUGCCUUCAAAAGAAGAAGAAACAAAUUGUUAAAUGAGGGAUUGGAGUCGGAAAGUCGGCCCGACCGAGGGACUCCCCUGAGACGCCCGCCAAUUGCGCCCGUCAUUUUGCGUUUAUGUCUUCGAUCAUCUUGACGAAGGCCGAACGACGCGAGGGGCCAUCUCAGAAAAUUUGAAAAGUUCUGUUCGAAACUGUAGAGUAUGCUAAUUUGGAAUAGGUGACCUUUCUUUGUGGCUUGAAAAUUUGAAAGAAAAUCAAAGUUCGACAUUUUUUUCAAAAUUGUGUGUAGUUCAUGAGGCUUGAAAUGUUAAACGGAAUUUUAAAAUUGAAGAAAAAAAAACGAAAAAAACUUGUCAUUUUAUUCCGAUUUAAAAGCUAAAUUGUGUUAAUUUUGAACGGCCUGAAUUUUCUUUUUUUUAGAACUAGAGUUAGAAAAAACUCGAAAAAAUUUGACGAUCCCUUUUUUUUAACGAAAAUCUUCAGUUAACUGGGCAGAUAAAAAAAACGGCGAAAAAAACGAGAAACAGCUCAAAAGUUAGACAAAAAAAGGGCUGAAAAGGUUAGAAAAUUACUGUUUUUUUAAAGAAAAACUUGAAACUUGACUUUUUGAGAACACCUCAGAAAGCUUUUUUUAAAGCUUAAUCAGCAAAAACAAAAAAACCGGAAUCGCAAAAAAAAUAUCGGAGAUUUUUACCAGAUUACCUCAGUUUGAAUAAAUACUGUAACAGGAAAAUGAGAAAAGUUGUAAUUUAUAACCAAUUUCAAAAAUUGAAUGGAAAAAAAUUUUUGAAAAAAACCCCGCUUGAAGGCCUGUAAUUGGAGCUUGGCUCAAUUAUCCGAGGCUUGAAAAAAAAAUUUUUUUAGAUUCUUUAAAUUCCUGUUUCAACUUUUAAACUUUAAGGGAAAAAAAGAAUCUAGCCGUUGUGUUAAGUUCAUGUUGUUUAAGUAAUUUUACUUUUUACUUUCAAGACUUCUAUAAUUUUUAAAAUAUAAUCCCAAGGAUUAUUUUUAAGCUUUGCAAUUUGAGCCUUAGGGGCCUUGGGAGGGUCUCCAUGAGAAAAACGGAAUAAAUAGGAGUUUUUUAAUGAAAAAUCCCUAUAGUGUCCACUUGAGCUUUUAGGGCUAAGUGGUCAGACCCUCAACCCCUAUAGGGACCACUCUGGAGUUCCUAAAUAGGGAACUCUAACCGUAUUUCUUUCAGGAACAGUAAGAACGUCUGCCUCACUGGACCGAGAGGAGAAAGCGGCCUACUGGCUGACGAUCGAGGCCCGAGACGGCGUCGCCAUACGACGUCACGCGAUUCUCCACGUCUACGUCAGAAUCCUCGACAAGAACGAUCAUCGUCCGAUGGCCCGGAAGCCCGUCUACUUUGCCAACGUCACGGAGAACUCUUCAGCGGUUAGAAUUGAAGAAAAUGCCUCAAAUGACAGUUUUUUGAUUUUUGUUUAGAGCUCAUUGUACAGAAGAUUCAAGAGAACCUUAAAUUUCACUUUCCAUGACCACUUGGGGUCAAAAAUCUUGGAUUUCCCUCUGAUUCAAGUAAUAUUUUCGGUUCAGAAAUACUAAUCCACUAUGUCAUUAAGUUAGGUAUCGAAAAAGUACGGAAGAAAUCGGAUUUAUCGAUCGGAAAAAAUUAUCGAAACUCAAAUUUUAUAGCUGAUUCUGAACUAUUUCCAGAACGCCAUGAUCGUCAAGAUCGAAGCGACCGACGGCGAUGACUCUGGAAACUCCGAAGCGGCCCCUCUUCAGUUCAAAAUCGAGAAGGGAGACCCCCAGAGCUUCUUCAGAAUCGACCAGAACUCCGGCUACAUUCACACAUCCGGCUCCAGAAGACUCGACCGCGAAACCCAGCCGCAGCACGAACUAACGAUCCGCAUUUGCGACGGAGGCGACCCGCAACUGUGCUCCGAAGUGCCCGUUAUCGUGAAUGUGCUCGACGAGAACGACAACGCGCCGCAAUUCACGCAGCCCAUCCAUCAGUUCAACGUGAGGUCUGGCGUCGUCGGCCCUCUCUGCCGCGUUAUCGCGUUCGACAUGGACGAGGGGCAAAACGCCGUUCUUUCCUUCGAAAUCGUCGAAGGCGACGAACGCUUCUCCAUCUCGAACUCUGGCGAAAUAAAGACGAGUCGAGCGAUUCACGACGACGAGAGUUAUGCCUUGAAGAUCCGCGCCAUCGACGGCGGCGUCCCGAGUCAAUCGACUGAGACGAAGGUCAUUCUGACGGCGGUGGCACUGAAGAAGAAGACGUCGAAGAACAAGAAGCCCACGAUUGGCGACAAGAAAACAGACUACGUCAUCCCGAUCUCCGACGCCGAUCAAGUUGGCCUGACCGUGGAGAUGCUCAAAGCAGAAGACGAAGAUGGGGACUACUUGUGGUGGAGAAUCAGCGGCGGCAACGUCAACGACUCGUUCGAAGUCCGCAGGGACACCGGAUCUCUUCUGCUGGCCAAGAAGGUGGAGACGUUGGCUCGAGGCGAGAUCCGACUCAACGUCACGGUCAGCGAUGGGACCGACGAGGACACGACCACGGUCAUCAUCCAAGUCUCCAGGUCUCCCUCGUUGAGACCCCAGUUCUCGGCGUCUCACUACACGACGGAAGUCUCGGAGAAGACCGCCGUCGGGACUCAGAUCUACACGCUGAAAGCCAACGGCGAGGAUGUCGGACCUGGAACGAAGCCGCUGGUCUACAACGUCUACACCAUCGAGCAGCUCGACAUGGAGGACAAGAUUCGGAUUGAGCCUAGGUAAUUUUCAGAAUCUUCUAGCUCCAGUCUUGUCUAGAAAGCAAUUUUUGAAAUUCAUUUCCGAGCUUUGAACUCUUUCCAGCACCGGCAACGUUUUGGUGAUGGAACCGCUGGAUUUCGAAAGCAGCAAGGAAAUCCGAGCCGUCGUCAGCGUCCGACAAGGCGCCCUGGCUAAUUUCGCGACUUUACUGAUUCGCAUCUCCGAUGAUAACGAUAACGCUCCCCGAUUCAUGGCCAAGAAAGUCCAAGCGACUGUUUCCGAAAGGUUUCCAGAGAGUACUCCAUUUCGAGCCUUUGAAUUUAAGCUCGGAAAUUGGGACGAACGUCGCUUCCGUCUUCGCUUUCGAUGCGGAUGUUGGAGAAAAUGGCGUCGUCGGGUAUUCCAUCGUGAGCGGAAACGAGAAUGGAAUCUUCAAACUUGAUCCCGUUUCUGGAGAUAUUAGCUUGAACAAGGUAAUCGAUUUGGUGUCCAGCUGAAGUUUCACAAAAGUUAAAUCAGUCGUUGUUAUCAAUCGAGAAAAAAAAAAUUGAACACUCUUGCAAGCUUUAGUACACCUUAGAGGGGUCCCUUCAAGUGUCCUCAAAGUUGCCCCUUCAGGGGCCACUCUGAAUUGAAAAAAAAUACAGGAAAAUUUAUGAAAAUUGGACUUCACAGGACAAAAAAAUAGUGCUAUUUUUGAAAUAGAGGAAAACAGAAUUGAAUUUUUUUUUCUAUCGACGAAAAUUCGGAUUGAACUUCAGUUUUACCAAAUUUUCCAGCUGCAGUAUGCCCUUCUGUGGAAAGGGAAAGUCCCAAGUCUGUGGACGAUAUUUUUAAUUUUUGAGGCUUUAGAAAAAAGGUACAAGCAGAUUGCUAGAAAGGGAAACGAGCCGUAAAUUUCAACAAUUCGGGUGAAAAAAGGAAAAAAAAAUUGUACGCUCUACAUUUCCCUACAUCCAUUUGAUUAUUACUUGUCAGAAAUAAAGUAUCUCAAUUUGAAAUGGUUCAAUUUUCAGAAACUGAGUCCGAAAGAACAUGUCGAGUCGAUCUUGACGGUCAGGGCGAGCGAUGGAGCGAAAUAUCCCCUCAGCGACACGGCCAUUGUCCAUAUCCAGACGACAAAUUCAACGGAGCAACAUGUCCGCUUCUCUAAGUUUGAAAAUCAAUAAUAUAUGAUUCAUAUGGAUUCUGAUUCAGGAAACAGUACCAAGUGUCCAUCCGCGACUCUACAGUACCCGGAACGCCUUUGCUCGUCGUCGCAGCCGAGCACAACGGACUCGUCUCUUUUUCAAUCCAACAACCUUGUCCCUACUUUGAAAUCCACUCGGUAUUUCAAAAAAUGUGUUUUUCCAAUAACUUUUCAUGUUUUUAGUUGUCCGGAGCGGUACGCCUGACCAAAUGGCUGACGAAAGAACGAGCCAAAAGUGUUUCGUGUGGAGUUUCGGUCGAAACGGACAAGGGCAGCAAAGACGAGGCCAAGGUAGGAGUUUCCGUGGUUUUGACGGGUUAUUUUUAGUUUUUAAAGGCACAGGGGGUAUCAAAAGAGGUCCUGCGCCUUUAAAACAAUUUUUUUUUUUGAUGUUUUUUUUUAAAGAGCGGUUUCUAUAUGGGAUCUCAAUAGUUUACUGAAAAUCCCAUAAAUUUUCCGAAUUUCGUGCGAUUUCGCGCACUUUUAUAUGCAGUUUUUAAAACGAAUCCGUUCCGAAAAGGUUUUUUUUGGAUCCUGGAAGUUAGUGCUCCAUGGAAAUUUUCUUUAUAAGCUGAAGAUGAAAUUUAUAUGAUUUUUUUCGAAAACUUAGUGACUAGAUUGCACAAUAAGUCCCAAUUUCUAUCAAGGCCAAAAAUUUUUCGGGCGAUUUCUCAAGAUUCUAUCGAAAUUGAUGUAGUAUGAUAGCAAUCGAAAAAUUGAAAUGAAAAAAAAAUGCAUAAAAAGCGAAAAAGAGAGAUGAGACAAGUUUUAAAAAAUGCCUUGCAUUCAUGUUUCACGGGAAAUUUAUUCUCAGAAAUUUUGAUACUUUCCUGGUUGUCAAUUGAUCGUUUUUUGAUGCAACGAAACAUUUGUUCUAACUAGGUCUCUGGUCGCAGUGGGACUUCUGAAUGAGACCAAGUUUACUAGAUGUAGUUUUUCACGCUGAUUCCAAAAUCUGACCUCAAAAACUGUCGCGGAGGUCGAUGAAAAAGGUUAUGGACCCUCAAAAGUCUCAAACUGAAAUAAGACCAUUCCCUGGUAAAGUAGACAACAAAACUAGACGGGGAAAAGCCCAGAAAAUGUGAGUUUUUGUCAAAAUCGAAGUUAUGUCCUUUUGAAGGCACAGGGGAUUACAAAAGUUGUCGUUCUGUUAUUAAUCAGUUCAACGAAUCUUCAAAUAUUCAUUCAAUUUUCGAAACAGAAAUCUGAGCUAUUGAUAAAUUCAGAUUGUCGCCAAGAUCAUCGCUACGAAUCAACAUGCGCCUUUGUUCAAGCAGCAAGUUUAUCGGGCUUCUAUCAGGGAAAAUAGUCCAACUGGUGAGAAAAUCUUCUGUUUUCUACUACAUUAUAUCCUGAUUUUUCCUUUUUAACCGAAAAAUAACGAAAAUUUCCAGGAACCAACGUCGUAACCGCGGAAAAUACUCCUUUGACCGUCUCAGCCGUUGAUCUCGAUCUUGGAUCUCAUGCUCUUAUUGGGUAUUUUAUACUUGAAAAAAUGAAAAUAUAAAAAAAUGGUUCAGUUAUCGCCUCCUGUCACCUGCCGAGCCCUACUUUGCUGUGGAUUUCGUCUCCGGAGCCAUUCGAUCGAGAAAACCGCUCGAUUUCGAAAAACUCAAGGAAUGGAGCUUCUACGUCCAGGCGACGUAUGUGGAGUAGGAAAAUUGAAAAUGAAAAUGAAAUUGGAGUUGGCUUAAAAAAGAUUAAUUUGGUUGAAAGUUCUAUGACUUUAAAAAAUAACCAUUGGUUCUCCACAUAUCUAAAAUGCACUGUAGCUGGCUUGAGCCAUCGAAAAAAUGGUCUUGACACGAUGAUAAAAGAGAGAUAGUACCUGGCUAAUGGAGAGUGCAGACAGGCCACGCCCCUUUUUGUCUUAAGCUAGUCACCUGUACUUCUGAGUGCAAACGUAUGAUUUUUAAAAAAAUUAAGAUAAUUUUUUUAUUUGAUGAUUUCAGAAAAACUCCAUAGAAGCUUCCUUUUAGAAAAAAAUGGGGAAAAAAAUUCAAAGUUUGAAUUUCAAAGAGAAAUCGGCAUAUUUCAGGGGUUAGAAAAAAAUUCCAUAUUUCAAUCUUUAAUAAUCUUUAAUUCCCAUUUUAUGAAAAAAAUGUGCGGAGUUUCAGCUAAUUUUAUUCAAAACGGGCUUAUUUUUCAGCGAUAUGGGCCAACCGAUGCGGAUGUCGCCGAUUCCGGCCCUGGUCAUCGUGACGGUCAUUGACGAGAACGACGAACCUCCGAUCUUCGGCAGCAAGUCUCAAAUGGCGCCCCCCGUCCUUCUGCCGACGACAAGCGGCAUCGCGGUCGCUCAACUGACCGCGACCGACGCGGACACUGUCGGAAAACUGCGAUACUUCAUCAAGGACACGGAAAUCCUCAAAGUCUUCGCCGUGAACUCCACGAACGGCGUCGUUACCAUCGCCGACGCCAAGAACUUGAAAGAAGGAGAAUACAAGGUUCGGUCUUUGAAAAUUUCGAGAUUCAUUGAAAGUUUAGCUUUUUAAUAGGCCGAAUACUGUUGUAAAAAUGUGUAAAAUUGAAUUUUUUUUAAAGCCAUUUUCUGAAUUCCCUUAUUAGUUACCUUUGGAAUCCAGAAUGUUUAAUUUAAAAAAAUAUUUAAAUCUCAAGUUGGAUAUGAUCCUGAUUGUUUUCGCGACGCUUUGAACGAUCGAGAGAUUUUUAUUCGAAGCUAUAAAAAAAUGGAAUGAUUUUUAUAGUCUAUCCAGAAAAAUCCUCACCUGAUCCUUUUUCGAUUUUUCAACACUUUCGAAGGAAAUUGAGGUGCUAUAGGCUGUGGCUGUUUUUUUUUGUUUUGAGAAUUUCAUAGGUUGGUCGAUCAAGCUUCUCUGCUAAUGGUGCUGACAUUUUUAUUUGGUUUUUCUUGACUUUCUAGAAAAAUUGAACACUUUUGUAGACUGCUCAGAAAUGGAAAUCCUGUUUUCUAUGUUUCCAUUUUUUCUGCAAAUAUUUGAGAUUCUAUUAGCCGUAGCGCAACAGGUUUUGUGCCUUUCUUUGGUCUAAAGGGUCACGAGUUCGAUCCCCACCGCGACGAAACGUAGGGUCGUAGCUAUUUUCACCUCUUUUUGGGCAUUCGAUAUUUUUGUCGAGUGAGCGAUGUUUUUUUUCUGAGCUAGAACUGAAAAUUUGUGACCUGAAAUGAAAUUUCCCUCUACUUUUCAGGUCGAAGUCUUCGCGUCGGAUGGCCUGCGGUCCUCCUCGACCCAACUUCACAUCCCAGUCCGAAACGGCUCUCCAACGGAUUCCGGCUUCAGAUUCCCGCAGAAAGAAUAUGUAGCUAGCGUCACCGAAAACACUACCUAUCCUAGUGGAAAGCCCCUCCUUGCGGUAUUAUUUUCCGUUUCAUUUCGAAGUAAUUCCCGAACUUUAGAUCACUGCCAUUGGAGCACCUCCCGGGGCUCCUUUAAGCUACAAAUUGCUCAAUGAGCAUCUCGGCUUCGUGAUGCACGCCGGAACUGGCGUCAUUGCUCUUUCUGGGGUUCCUUUGGAUCGAGAGGAAGAAGCGGUCAUCCGAUUGGUUGUCCAGGUAAUUCUGAUUCAAAGUUGAAAAGAAAUGAAGAAAAGUAAUAUAAUUUCAGUUGAAAAUUUGAGUCUUUUAGAGUUUUUUAAUCGAUAAUGCAAAAAUUGUCAAGCAAUCAAUUGAAGGUUUCAGCUUUUUUAUCCAAUUUUUCUCCUGGAAAACCGAGAAAUUUUCUCUAGAGAGCAUACCUUCUAAGGCUCAAAUUUGAGCCUUAUAGGGCAUGAUCUAUGUAUUCGGAAGCCUCUGAUAAUUUGAAAAUCUCCCAGGCAAGGACUUGAAGCUAAAAUUUUGAGUCACACGUGUUAUCAAGGCUUUUCCAAACGCAAAAAUUUUUCAAUUUGAAGAUCUUCGAUAAUUCGAAAGUUUUUCCAGGCGAGAACCCAAGGAUCUCCUACGGAAUACGCGCAAGCCGUCGUCGUCGUCCGACUAGAAGACGUCAACGACUGCGCUCCCCAAUUCGUGAAUCUUCCCUACGACGCCGUCGUUCCCGUCGACGCUUCUAUCGGCGACCGCGUCAUGACCGUCAGGGCCCAAGACAAGGAUUCUGGAGCCAACGGACGCGUCUUCUACUCUUCCCCCAACCUUCCCUUAGAACUGAAACUCGGCAAGACCGAUGGAAAGAUCACGAUCGCCAAGAAGUUGGCGGCGUCCACGAAGUUCGUCUUCGACGUCACCGCCGAAGAUCAAGGCAAACCGAGUCUGAAAUCUACGGAAAAAGUGCUGAUCACCGUCGUCGACAAGGCCCAGCCCAUCUUCACCCAGAACUUCUACUCGGCCAGUCUUGCUUCGAAAUCGACUAGGGGAACUGUCGUGACUCGAGUCAAGGCCAAGAGCAACUUGAAUGGCCAUGUCGGCUAUCGAAUCGUGCCUGAAGAUGACGCCUUGCCCUUUUUCGUGGACUGGAAGACUGGUAAAACUUUUUGAAAAUACCUUUUUUUAGAAUCAAAAAAAUUAGUUUUGAGAGCCUUUUCCAGAAGUUUACAGAAGCUUUUAGAAAAAUUGAUGCGAAGUAAUUACGAAAAAAAAUUCGCGUAGAAUGCGUUUCGCGGAAAGUUCACUCUAUCGACAAAAUUUAUCGUCUUUUUUUAAAAUAUUGUCGCAAAUUGGUAACGCAAAUCGGACGCGUCCCGGCCGUUUCUGAGCAUUCCUAGUGAUCACUUUAGUGGCGUCAGCCUUCUUGCGUUCGGUUUACGUCACCGAGGUCUAAGUAAAUACGAAAAAAAAUUAUUUUCCGCUUAAAAUGCGUUCUGAAGAAAAUUCGCUCUAUGGAUAACGUUUUCAUCAUUUUAUCAAUUUUAAUUUUUUCUGACCCUUUCAAGUAUUUCUCGGUCAUUUUUUUUCACUGGGUUGUAUUUAGCCAAAAGUUUUGCCUUGUUAAAGUUAGAUUACGGUAUGCAACUUUGUGUGCUCAGACCUUUUUGGCGCCAAGUUAGAAUAUAUUUUUACUCGAAAAAUGCAUUUGAAGGAAAGUUUCGAAACUGCUACGAAAAGCGCAGCGUUAAAAUUUCGAAAAGGAUACUUCCGCCUGUCCUUGAAGUUACGAAGUUCAAAAAGAAAUCUUCAGGAGAGGUCAAACUUUCUCGAACUUUGUCUUCCGAAGAAGGACGCGAAUACAAGCUCUCGAUCGAAGCCGCCGACGCGACUCGGCCCAAUGCCAAAGCUUUUGCCAAUUUGAACGUGAAGGUGAGAAUUCCAGAAGUACAACUAAAACAACCUGAAUAAUGUCCAGGUGAACCCGGCUGGUCGUGCUCCAGUCUUCAGUCGGUCUUCCUACGUCGUCAAUGUCUCUGAAUCCACUCCCAUUGGACAUCAAAUCUUCACGGCUUCUGCUAAAAAUAACAACGAGGAAGAUCAAAGUGUCACCUAUGCCGUAAAUGGAGCGGAUUCUCUGGGUAAGUUUCAAGCAAAAGUCAUCUUGAAAAAAUAGCCGAAAAAAGAUGUGAAUUUGCGUUCUAAAGUGAAAAAUAAUUGCGAAAGUGAUGAAAAAACAUCUUAAAAUGAAUAAUUGCGAAACGUUGGUCAAUAUUGCGCAGUCAGUUUCGGAGCCAGGAAAUUUUUUAAUUUUUUUUUUCUUUCUUGCAAUUCGUUAAGGACCUAACUCACGAGGUUACAAGACAAGUUUGAACACGGUUGAACAACAAUUUCGGUUUGAUGUAUACUAAAAAAAAAAGAAGACCUAAAACGGGAAAGUAAGUUAGUGAAGAAGCACUUUCAAUUUUUUGAGACAUGUUUUUUUCCGGUCUUGAGACGUCUUCUGUCAAUUCCAAGACUUAUUUCAAAUAAUUUCUCCAGAUUUUAAUGUCUUGAGACACCUAUUCUGUUCAUUUAUUGAUAGGGACCGCAAAGCCACGCCCCUUUUCGCGAUAGAAAAAAAGUGGCUUUUUUUGGUUUUUCAACUUUCAUUUUUGUUGUAGUUGCAAAAAUAUGUGGAACUGGCGAAUAAAAAUUUGACACACAUGUACAGAAAAAGCUUCCUCUUUCGUUUUAAAAAAAUAUUUCACGCUUUUUUUGAUGCGUUCUCGCGGAAUGUCGUACAAAAAAACGUGAAUGGAACUAAAAAAAAUUUUGUCAUUUUUUUGCUUUUUUUCAUGUGUUUUUCAGGUCGAACGCACUCUUUCUUUUUUUAAAUAAUGAUUUUUGAUUCAAGUAACGAAAAAUUUUUAAAACAAUAAAAUAAAAAAAUUCGUCUUUGCCAAAAAAAUUUUAGGGAGCGCCGAAAGUCAUAAUUCAAAAAUAUCGUUAAUAAGCGAAUAUAAUCAAGUUUUUUUGUUUUUAAAAAAAUUUAGAUCAUGGCCUUACUUAAAUUUUUUUCUUCACAGUAUCUGUGCUUGAAAUAGUGUGUUUAAUACGCAAAAAAAUGCUCUUGAAACUAGAGAAUAAAAUUAGCGGCGUUUAUCACACAGAAAGCGGCCGAACGCAGGUUUUUUUAAACGAUUAUAUACAUUUAUUAGUGAAAAAAAUCUUUCAAUUAAAAAGAAUAAAAAUAAAAAAAUUCGUCUUUGCCAAAAAAAUUUACGGGGCCGUUUUAAGGCAGCGAUCGUUAAACGAGGAAAAAAAGCACUAAAAAAAACAGUUUUUUUCGAAGUGAAUUUUUCACGGAAAGUUUGAGUAAAGAUUUGCGAACAUAUUCUGAUAAAAAAAUAGCUGAAUUACUUCAAGUUUUUUUAUUUUUUUGAAAUAGGCAAUCUGUGCUAUCUAAACGGCUCAAGGGUAAGGCGGAUGGAAGCUCCCCUUGCUAGACCUAGCAGCUUGGCGCAGCGCGUGCGCUGCGAUUUUUUUCAUUUUGAGGUCGCGAGUUCGAUGCCCGCAAGCGUCAGUUUUUUUGUUUUCUGGAAAAUACCGACUUUUUUUCGGCAAACUAGCUGAUUAGCAUCAUUUUCAGCACUCUAUUAUGAUUUGUUACAUCAUAAUAGACCAGUAUCAAAACUUGUUCUAGAAGAAAAAAAUCGAGAAAAAAAUGUCAAAAUGGAUAAUACCAAAAAUUUCAGUACUAAAAAUGGUGCGCGGCGCGCCACAUUUUUCGUCAUAACUUUUUCAUCCUCAAUCUUUUUCGAAAAAAACUAAACGGUUCUGAGUUUUUGAAUCGAAACAGCUAUCAAACCAUACAAAGCUCAAUGCUGAAAAAAAUUUUUUGAAAAUUGGUCUGCGGUCCCUAUUUAUUGAGACGAAAAUACAAAAAGUUUGAUUUUUUCCUCAAAAAUGGUCGAAUCAGUUUUUUUGAUUCUUUUUUCCAUGAAGCUUGGAUGUGUACUGGAGCCGAAUUGAAACUUUUUAGGAACAUUUUCUCCAGGUGACUCUGUACUGUAGUUUACUGUAGUUGUAGUCUGAGCUCGAAUUUGAAAUAUUUUUCGAAGAAGUAAUAAUUUCGUUUUCCAGUCCUCUCGAUCGACUCGGAAAGCGGCGAUGUCAAACUGGCCAAGCCUUUGGAUUUCGAAAAGAAAAGACGCUACGAGAUCACCAUCGUCGCCUCGAAUCGUCUUCAACUGCAAUCUCAAACGCUUCUGAUUCUCAACGUGAAUGACGUCAACGACGAACCGCCUGUCUUCCAAUCGCCCUUUUCGACGGCCCGCGUCGCCGAUUCCGCCCUCCCGCCCCAGUUCAUCACCAUCAUGAGCGUCACCGACGACGACACGAUUUCCUCCCUCGACGGCCAGAAGUUGCUCUUCUCGAUCAUCGACGGAGACGAAACCCUUUUCGACGUCGGCCCUUCCACUGGAGAAGUGACCCUGGCCAGGCCGAUUGAAGACGAAGACCUCCUGGAAAGAACUAAAAGACUCAAUGUUUCUGUGACCGAUGGGAUCUUCACCGCCUAUGGACAGCUGAGCGUCGAGGUGGAUUUGUACGGGUUUUGGAAUGAAUCGAAAUGAUUUCAGAUAACUCUGAGCGGCCUCCGACAGCCCCCGCCGCGCUUCGAACAGUCCCAAUAUGCAGCUAAUGCUAUGGAGAACUCGUAAGAAUCUUUUUUAACUUACCCAAAAAAUGAGGUGUCUUUUCGGGCGAAGCCUUCAGAAAGAAGAGUCUAGCUCCUUUCUGAGCUCCUAAAAAGGUGUCAAAAGUCUCUCUGAAUCUCCUUUUAUCCACCUUUAUAAAAGAAAAUGAAUAAAAAAGGAAUCUGUGAGGUCUUUCGAAAGAGAUCCUUCUGCACUCUGUUGUUGAGCUUUGAAGUUUGAUCCUAAAAGUCUCAUCAAAAAUAUUUUUGAGCCAAGGAUCCUCAAUUUUUUUUUUUGGCAAACUUGAGCUUUUUUCGUGAAAGAAUUAUAAUUGACCUUGUCGAAAAGGCAACACGCAAAAAUUGAAAAUCUUUGCCCUGUCAUUUAAUAAGAUAUUAGGAAAACAGCAGAAUCAAGUAAAAAGUACAUUUUUCAAAAUUUCAUAACGAAAAUGAGUUUGCGAAGUUUUUAUUGGAGAUAAAUACGUACUCCUCAAAGAACUUUGGUCAAAUUGGAAAUUUUUUUCUAUCUUCUGUCAAUAAGCUAUCAGGAAAAACAAUAAAAUGAAGUAGCAAAAAUCAGUUUUUUGAAUUUUUUUCAGGCCUUUGUCGAACAAAACGGCUUUGUUGACUGUGACCGCCCGGGAUGGCGUCGGUCCUCUUCGUUAUUCCCUCGGAUCGGCUUCCACUGGAUCCAGAGAAAAAGGAGCCUGGCCAGUGAGAAUCGACAAAUCGUCUGGAAGGAUCCACGCCGCCCGAGUCUUCAAGUACCAAGCUGACAACACUUAUCAGUACGUCUUCCGAAGAAUUCAAGAUCAAUAAUUGUCUUUCAGAAUUCCGCUGGUCGCUGAAGACGUCCUCGGCAGACGAGCCUUUAGCACGUUGACCCUCCACGUGCAGGACAGCAACGAUCUGCCGCCGAAGUUCGUCCUCUCGAAGUACACGAGUUCGGUCUCGUCGGCGGCCAAGGAGGGCGACACGGUGAUGAUGCUCUCGGCGACGGACGACGAUGAGCUGGACCACAUCGAGUAUUCCUUGAUGGGCGAAGACCCGGCGACGGCUCUGUUCAACGUCCAUCCGAAACAGGGAACUGUCACGGUCGCCAAGAAACUCGAGGCUAAGGGUGGGUCUUUUCUGGGGGAACCUUAGAGAGGUUUUUUGAAUCUUGAAUUUGAAAAAAUCAAGUUUAAAUCUCCGUAACGGUAGUCUGUAUACGAAAAAAUAGUCCGAAAGUGAACGGUGAAUUUUUGAAAGGCAGAGGGCUGAGCGGAAGUUUUAAAGAAAGCUUUUUUCAAGUAGCAAGGAAAAAAUAUUGAAUACUGGAUUUAAAAACAGAUUUCCGAAAGAUUUUUGUGAAGGAGGAUGCUUCUCUAGAGUGACCAAGAAGAAAAACCCCUAGAGGGGCCACUUUUGCAAGCCUUGUUGCCCCUUAUAGUUUGAGCUAAGGUGGUCCCUUGAGGGGAGCCUACAAUACCCCCUAAGACACCUCUAGUGACCACUUUGGCGCUCCUGAGUAUCCAGAAGCUCACCAAGAGCUGAACAGAAAAAAAGGUUCCCUAUCUGCAUAGAUGCCAUUUCAGCCGGCCAAUCCUACUCCUUCAUGGUGAAAGCGACGGACGCCGCGAAUCCUCCGCACCACGCGACGUGCAACGUCGAAAUCAACGUCGCUUCUGAAGGAACCCCCGUCCCGCGAUUCUCCAACAGCCACUACUUUUUCACGGUCCCGGAAGACGCCGUUGUCGGCGCGGUUCUGGGAAGGGUUCAGCAAGUCGAGCAAGGUAAAUUCUGAAUAUGGGCUGGUGAAACAUGAAGUUUAAUUUAUUGUGGCCUUCUUGUAGAGUUUUUGGACCCAUUCCAAAGUUUUCACGUGGUAAAAGUUAGUUUUUUCGAAAAAAAAAAGUGUUUCUAACCUGCCGCCAAGUCAUCGAUAUUCAGAGAGAUUUUUAUCAUUUUUCAUUGUUUUGUUAGAAAAAUAGCUCAAUUCUGAUCAGAGUUGUAUAGAUUUCUCAAAAAAAUUUAGUGGAAUCGAAAAAAAUGAAGCAAAAAACGAAAAAUUGAAUAUUUUGUCCAUAGAGCGAACUUUCUGCGAAAAGAACUUCGUUAAAAUUUUCAACUUUUUUUUCGCAUUUUUGGAAAAUUUUUAACAAAAAUGGAAGGUUUGCACAGUACGAAUGUACCGUUCGACGUUUGAAAAGUCCAGCAAUUCAAAAUUUUUCUCAAAUCUGAUUAUCUAUUGAUAAAUUUAGAAAAGAAAAGUAAAAUAAAUUUGAACCACUUUCAGAGAAUUUAUGCCCAAAAAACCAUUUUCAAACCCCUUUAUGGCCUUUUCCCAGUACUAUAGUUCAAUUUGAACAACCUUCUAGACAUCGACGAAGUACGAUUUGUGAUCGCCGAGGCGUCGGCCGAACUGCCGUUCAGUAUAGAAAGAUCCAGCGGGAAGAUCAUUGUGAGGGCGGCCCUGGACCGGGAACGAACCUCGGAAUGGCGGAUGGCCGUCCGAGCCGACGCCGCCGGAGGCGUUCACGCCGUCACGACGGUCUCCAUCGAAGUCUCCGACGUGAACGACAACGCGCCGACCUUCCAUGGCAGUUAUGAAAGGUCUCGGUUUCAUUCCGUACAUUUAUUUGGUUCUCGAGGGAGAUAGCCGAUAGGCUUUCACCAUCGUGUCUUUCGAUCAAAUUCAUCUGAUCAUAAACAAAUCUAGAAGUUUGGAAUUUUUAAACGAGUCAAAUCAUGUUGUGUUAUCUGCAGCUUCUGGGUCAUGAAGCACUUUUUAAGAAUUAUUCUGAGCUUCCCUAAAAUUCUGCUCUUUCCGUUAUAGUACUUGUAGAUCAUAGUCAUUUGGUCAUUGCCGUCUUAGUUGGUUUUUUCUGUUAGAAACUUGAAGUUUGAAUGGUUUUGUGCACCAAAAACGGAAAGGAUGCAAGUUUAUUCAAGCGUCUAGCUCAUUUUAUAAAUAUGGUAUAACUAGUCGGCAUGCUUGAAAAGUAGGUUGCCCCGGAAAUUUUUUGCAGUCGCUAUUUUUUGAAGUUUUUUCCAGUUCAAAAAAGGGUUCUCCUAAUACUGCUAGAAAAGAAUGAUUCUUCAAAAGUUUAAUGAGCAUUUUUUGGAAAAUCAGACUUCGAAACUGUUCAUAUAAUAGUUUGUUCAUAUUUUGAAUGUACAAUGACGUCAUUCGAAAGCGCUCUGUAGAUGGCUCGUUCUCUCAUUGGCUUAUCGGGCCAUUAGGGGCGGAGCUUUUAAAAGCGACUUGACAUUCAAAAUCUGAACAGACUAUAUGAGAAAAUAUAUAAUUUUCAACCUUUGAUUGCUCAUACUAUCAAAAAACCUUUCUAAAAUUUCAAAACUAAAAAAAUGUUUCAAAAACAAUCAUACUCCAGAAUGACCAUCUUCGAGGACGCGCCAGUCGGAACAAGCGUCUCAGUUUUCUCGGCGACGGACAAGGAUCACGCGCCUGGAGGACGUAUCAAGUUCAGCCUUCUCGAGGUUGCAUCUGAUCAUUUUGAGAAAUCUUCAAUGAAAAGUUCAGAACUCGGCGCAGUGGAGCAUGGACGCGGAUUCGGGCUGGCUGACUGUCAAGUCGAAGUUGGAUCGGGAGAAGAACGACGUCUACAAGUUGACGGCGAGAGCCACGGAUGAGGGCGGACUGAACACCGAUGUCAGAUUCUCGAUCGAGGUUAGUCUGGGGUCCAAGAGGGGGAGGGGGUCCAAGAGCGGAUCAGGUCCAAUAGCUGAUUUCCAUAAAAAUUGUGUUUCUUUCGAAUUUUUUCGCUAUUAUUCCCUGACCCAGUAGCAUCUUUCAAAACCUGUUAUUUUUCACAAGUCGUAAGCUUCCUUUAAGACCAAAAGAUCUUCAGAAAAUCUUUUUUUUUCUCAUAAGAGUUCUCCAUUCCCAGGUCCUCGACGUGAACGAUUCUCCGCCGGUGUUCGACAAAAAAGUCUACGAGAUCGAGGUCGACCCGACGCAGUUGAAAGGCCCCAUUCUCCGAGUUCUCGUCACGGUUUCCCAUCUUCUCUGUUACAUAAUCAUUUCAUGAUUGUUUCCAGGAUGCGGAUCUCCCUCCAUUCAACGUUUCUCGUCUAUACAUCACGACUGGAAACGAAGGCGGCGUGUUUCGAAUCGACGACGACGGGAAUCUCAGCGUGAAACAAGCGGAACUGCUCAAAAAUCGGCACGAAAUGGACGUUUUGGCGUUCGAUGGAGCUCACACGGCCACGGCUAGAGUCAUUGUGAGGCUUUUUCGAAGCUUUUCCUUGUUUGAAUAUUUUUCUGGACUGGUAGAAUCAGACCAACUCAUUGAGAUUUCAUUGUUUCGACAGCCGGGGGGUGCUUUUUGGGUUGUUGAGGGAGGGAGGGGGCUAUUCUAGAUUAAGGAAUAGUCCUACGCAUUUUAGCCCUGCCCCCGUCGACAGCCCCCAUCUUGAUUGAGCCACCAUCGAAAGUUUUCACCCCCUCUUGUCGAAAUUUGGCUUUUUAUAGGGCGAUUUUGAAAUUUCCAUUAUUAGGCGCAGACUUGUUCUGCGCUGUAUUCUUCUUUUUGAGCAUUCCAGCCUGGAAAAAAAGUGGAAAACUUAAUAAAAAAUACAAAAAAAGGUUUUUUUGUCAGAAAAAAAUAAAGCACUUUUGACUUGAUAUUAUAAAGAUAAUUACAGGUAAACGUGAAGAAAGUCGAUCAGUUCACCUGCCCCACGACGCCUUCGACCGUCUCCGUCGUUGAAAACUCUCCGAAAGGACUUUCGAUCAAACUGGAACGGCUCUUCGAAUCUUCCUCAACAACCUAUGAACUUCAAUCCGAAGAGCAGGAUAAUCCAUUUUCCAUCGAUUCCAAGACGGGAUCCAUGACCGUUUCGAAGAAUGUCGACUACGAGGAUGUUAAUAAGGUAUUUUCCACCUAUUUUCAUUCAUUACUCGACAAAACUCAUGAGGAAAUAUUUCAAAAUGUCUCGAAACAGAAUGGAAAUUUAUUUAUUUCAAUUUUGAAUUUAUCUGGGAUGAAUAAACAAAGUCUGAAGUCAUUUAAAAAUUGGAGAAUGGUCAAAAGUUCGUGGGUAUUCAAAGAAAUUAUCUGGAAUCAGUUUAAAAAAGUCUGUUCGCUUCAAAACCCUUUGAUAAUUGUCUAUGCUCCUUUGAGAAAACCAAGAAAAAUAUUUUUGGAAGAGACCUUAAUUUCAGUAUAUUUUCGAAAACACUGAAUAUAAUCAGGAUUUUCAGUCUGGGGUCUAGGUCCUUUAAAAAAACAGUUCAUGAAAAAAUUUAUAAAACAUUGAAAUUAAUCUUAAAAAAAUCGGUAAGCGGGUUCAAGAAAACGACAGAAAAAGUUUUAAGUAAAAAAAUAAUUUUCUGCUUUCUUGGGUUACAAUGAAGCUUGGGCCUUCAAAUGAAGAUGUUUGGGCCCUUUUUGAGCUUAUCCGACGCUCCAUGGGGAUCAAAUCUUGAGUCGAUGAAUUUUAAAAAGCGAAAAAUUGAAUUCAAGACGAAAAAGCACUUCUUUAAUCUUAAUAACUAUCCAUUUUCAGUACUCUCUGACUCGAAUCGUGUCCAGCGACUCUCCUCGGAUCCGAUGUCGUCAGCCGAUUCUCCUGGAAGUGAAGGAUGAGAACGACAAUUCGCCGAUUUUCGUCGACAACCAAGUCAACGUCACGAUCAAAGGAGAACCUCCCGGCGACAUCUGAAGAACGACAGUUUGCCGUCAGACUUGAGGCCAAUGAUGCGGUACGGAAAUAUCCUUGAGGGAACCCUAUAGGGACCACCUUGGGUUAUCUCGAAGGUCCCACUCUAAGGAGCACUUCACCUUUCCCUAUAGGGGUCACUUAAACUUGUAGAAUCGAUCUGUAGAGUUAACUUAGCGAUCUUACAGGGAAGCAAGCUACUCGUAAAAAUGAGAAUACCCCUAUAGGGACCACUUGAGAUUUAGGGACCUAGGGGUUCAGACCUUAAGUCCCUCUAGGGACCACUUUGCCUUCCCUAUAGGGAUCCCUAAAGCUUGCAAAGCGACGACUCCUGUAGAGUCUAAUUAGCGGUUCUACAGGAGAGCAAGCUUCUCGUAAAAAUGAAAAGACCCCUAUAGGGACCACUUGAGGUUUAGGGGCCUCGGGAUUCAGACCCUAAGUGCCUAUAGGGAUCCCUUUUUUGCUCCCUAUAAGGGUCACUCCGCCGUUCCUAAGUGAUCUUUUAAGGACUCUGGAGCCCUGGGCCGCGUCCGCUACACACUUUCCGAUGGAUUCGGCGUUUUCGAAAUCGACGAGAUCACUGGAGUGAUCACUCUGGUGAAGCCGUUGGACCGAGAAUCUCGGCCCGAAUAUGUUCUCCAUGUUCUUGCCAGCGAUAGUGAUCCCGUCAAGGCCAGAACUGCCAAGGGUUUUCGUUAAAGGAAAUCUUCAAGAUUGAAAAUCAAUCUUUUAGCUGUCGUUUUCGUUUCCGUUGCUGAUCAGAACGACAAUCCGCCGGUUUUCGAGAAGAACGCCUACACUUUGAAGGUUCCUGUUGAACUUGAAUUGAAACUUGAAUCUGACCCUACGAAAAAAUUAUGAAAUUUCUAAACAAAGUUCAAUAUUUCAAAAAGAAAACUGCAAAUUCAAACGAAUUAUUUAAAACAGAAGUCUGCCCAAUAAUCAAAUUUUUUUGUUUAUUUAUCAGAUUUUUUUCAAAAAAAUUUGAAGUUUAAAAGCAAUGCCCAGAUGUCUCUAAAAAGAGAAAAAGUAGUCGAUUUGAAAAAAAGCUCUCAAAUAAAAACUUUUGUAAUAUUUUCACUGUUUCAAAUGUGAUUCAAAUAAGUUUUCGAAGAUGAAGAUUAUAAUAUCAAUGAUUUUGUUUGUUGUAUUAGUCUGAUGUAAUCGACUAGGCGGUGAACAAGAAAUUUAAAAGCUAUAACGAACAACCGCCUUUGUCGAAAUAAAAGUCCAAACGUGUAGUCGAAAGAGUUGAAAGCAGUUGCGCCUUGACGAGCUCAGAAUGUCGUGGAUAGUGUUGCCCGGAGACCUUGCCCUAGGUGGAACCCUCAGAAUGAGAGCGACCACUUCGAGUGAAGAUUUUACACGGAAUAUUCUUAAAAUUUUCUGGAUCAGCUCUAAUGUUUUUUUUCUGAAAGGCGGAAUAAGAUUGGAGUCUAAUUGAAACGAGGAUCUAAAGAAAGUGUUGAAAAAUCGUGUUUUCAGGUUCUCGAAUCGGAAUCUGUUGGUUAUGAGCUUCUGAAACUCGGCGCGACUGGAGGAGAUGAAGGAGAAACGGUCAAAUAUCGACUGAAAUCCUCGCCACACAAUCAAUUCGUCAGCCUCGACGAGAACACGGGUUCGAAAAUCUCAAAAUUUUCACCAAACUCUUUAUUUUUCGUGAAAUUCUAUCUUUUUACAUUGUACUGGAAAAUUUAGCGCUGUCAUUUUAGCGAAAGACCUUGAAUACUUUAAAUCAAAUAAAAACCUCAUAUUCAGGCUCGCUCGUCCUUGCCCAAGGCCUCGAUUACGAGGAAGUCAAGUCGAUGUUCUUGGUCGUCGAAGCCGUGGAUUCUGGAACGCCUCCUCUGACUUCCGAAGCGAAGAUCGACGUCGAAGUCUUGGAUGAGAACGACAAUGCGCCCGUUUUCCGCAAGAACUCCUACAAAGUUUCCGUGAAGGAGAACUCGAAGAAUGGAACGAGACUGUUGAAGGUACAGUAUACAGUGAAUCUUGUCACGUUUCUCCUGAAAGAAAGUAGAGAAAACUACUGUAUAAUAAGCUUUUUUCCGCGCUUCGCUGUAAGGCCUGUGAUCUGAAGGUACACGAUAUUUUCACCAGGAAAAAAGAGUGGUGGAAAAAAAGCUAUAAUGGACACAAGAAAGGGUCCUGACAAGAUAGGAAACGAGAUAGAGCGAAAAGAGGAGAGCGCAGACAGCCCACGCCCCUUUGCGUCUCAAGCUAGCCGUGAAUUGGCUAUGUAGAAGCUCAGACUUUGGGAACGCGAAACGAAGGUUUCUCGGCAUUUUCAGUGGCCACUAUAGGGGCGUUACUCUUAAGUGACCGCUAGAAUUGAUCAAAAGCUUCCGGUGUGCGUCCGGGUUCUGUUACUUAGGCCCGAGAGGGAACAUUCGUGUUCUGAUGGAGCGAAUUUGCAGUUGGAAGCGACAGAUGCGGAUAGUGAACACCUUGGAAGAGUCGCCUACAGUCUUCUGUCGGAUUCGACUUUGGCUUUUGCCUUUCACGGUUGCCGAGGAUGGAUGGGUUGUCGUGGCCGGAGUGGUGGACUUUGAAAAGGUAUGGAUUUUCCGAGUUCAGAGCAAUUCUGGAAACGAAACGAGCGUUUUUUGAACUGAAUUAUACAUUCACCUUUCAGACCUCGAAGUACACUUUCACCGUGGAAGCCAAAGACGGAGGAGAACCGGCUCUCAAAGCCGAAGUUCCUGUCGAAGUGUUGGUCAUCGACGAAAACGACAACGCUCCGGAAUUCGCCGACUGCAACAUGACGGCCGUCGUCCAAGAAGGCGUCGCCCCAGGCCACGCCCUCUUUUCCGUGUCCCUCCGAGACGCCGACGGCGAAGGCAACGGCGCUCCCUUCAAACUUGAGGUUCAUCCGAAAAUUCUUCCUUCUCCCCCUUAUAAUUCUAAGAAUGAAAAGCUUGUUGAAAAAGACCAUAUUUCUGCGAAAGUUUUUAGGGGUCACUUUAGGGUUUUGACGUUUUAGUGGUCAUCAUAGUGACUAGAAUUUAGUGGCCUUUUUAGAAGUCUAAUUGGUACUACUACUCCAUUGAAAUCGAAAUCACUGUAGUAGCCACUAGGACGCAGAAAAGGUGGUUUUAGUGACCACUUUAGUGCCCUCCCCAAGUAGUUCCUGAGGAAUCUCUUAAGUGGCCAAUAGAGUUUUUCCCAUUUCAGCUGCUUUCCAUCAUUUCCUAGCCUUCCAGACUUUUUUUUUAACCUAAACUCUCAUUUUCAGAUCAAAGGCGAUGGCGCGAAAUCGUUCUCCUUCGACAAAAGCUCCAACUUGAUCACGAUGAGCCGGUUGGAUCACGCUAAAAAAGAUCGAUUCCUGCUCACUGUUAGUAUAGUUCAUUACUUGCUGACUUUGAAAAAAGAUCGAUAGAUCAAUUCCAUGUAUUAUGAAAAAUGAAUCUUGAAAUUUUAUGUUGGAAAAUCCUUCCCCGGGUAUUCCAAGACAGAGAGACUUUUUCGUGACUUCAAAUAUAAUUUAAAACGGCUCUUCGUCUAGAGACCUAUGCUCCGUGAUUUCAAAUAUAUUAGGGGGAGAUGUACCAGCCCAGCAAUAGGAGAAUCUUAGACCUUUAAACCUUCAGCACUUUUUUCCUGAAAAGUUGCUUUCCAAAAGGCUAAUUCUUUCCCUUUAACUUUUCCAGGUCGUUGCCACGGAUUCCGGGGGAAAAUCUUCGGAUUGCCCUCUGACCAUCUUCGUCAAGGAGGAAAGUCGCCAUGUUCCUGUCCUGAAGCCGUUGAGAGUGCAGCUGAACACGUUGAUGAACGAGUUCAAGGCUUCGACAAUCGGAAGAUUGCAAGGGGAAGAUGAGGUUAGGUUUUGGGAAAUCUCUGAGUCUGAAAGAAGAAGUAGUCCAAUUUGAAGUUCAGUUUUUGUUUUUUGAAGAUUAUUUUCUAUACCUUAGGAACAAAAAGCUUUGAUAUUUUUUUGUUAACUCGAAAAAAAAGCGAAUAAGAAAUGAAAUUUCAGAAAUUUUUCCUAACACUUUACUGCGAAAAGCGAAAGGUUGUUUCACAGGAGGUGUAUUAGGGCCUCCUAAAGGGAAAAUUUGAAGGACCCCUAAAGGAGGCACUUCGCAGCUCCUGGAAUCGUGGGGAGCAUCUUUGCCUCAUUUCCUAAAUUAAUCGAAAUUCUUUUUUCUCAAUUUCCUUCUAGCCACUUUCUGACAUCACCCUAAAUGACCAUUAUGGUGGUCCUUUAGUAUAUUUCGGUAGAAGGCUUUUUUCUCUUACCUUUCCUGAAAUUUCGCACAAAGGAAAAAUUUAUUAAGUAUUUUUAAGAGACAAAAAUUAUAGUACUCCCUUUUUCCCACAAAAAAAAUAUAUUUAAAAAUGUUCGUCCCGUGUUCUUUUUUUAACGACAUUUCAAUCUCAUUCCGCGCGUAGUAAGCAAUACAAAAAAAAACAGAAUCCUCUUCAUAAACAUGAGCGGAAACAGAAAAACUAUCUUUCAGGACGCCGGAGACCUACUUCGAUACGCUCUAGUGGAAGAAAGCAUAGCCGGUCCCCUGCCAACCAAAGACCUCCCGAAGCCGAUCAAUCCCACCGGCAGAACUCAUAAAUUCCGGGUGGAUCCGGAAACCGGCGAAGUUUGGAGCGAACACUCGAUUCCCGCCGGUCUGCAUGCGUUCAACGUGACGGUCACCGAUGGAAAAUACUCGCCGAUCAGUUUCGUCGAAAUCGAGGUUCGUACUCAGGGAUCCUAUACUUUUUUGCAGGGAAAUCACUUUUUUCUUCUUUUUUAAGGUUGUAUAUCUUUUAAAGACAAAUAUCAGAAAAACCGAAAAAAAGAAAUUUUCUAUCAAUUUUUCCAAAACUUUGCAACUUUGGAGGGAUUACAGUCUGACCCCUGUCCCUAAAGAUCAAGUGGUCCGUAUAGGGUUUUUUUUUGUUCAGAUUACAAAAUUAAAGACGUAAUCAAUAAAACUAACUAGAACUUUUAAUGGAGGCAACUUUUGCGAGCUUUAGUGGCUCCUGUAGGGGGAGGUGAAGUGGCCCCUAGAGAGGAUUCUUCAAGGACCCCUAAGGUUGCCCCUAUAGGGACCACACUGGAGUUCCUAGGCUGUAGAUUUGACGAAGGAAUUCCGAUUUGAAAGGUUUUUUCUGUUUUUGCCGUUAUUCUACACCCCAAAAACUAUGAAGAAAAAUUUCAUGAUUUUCCAGGUCAAUUCCAUCGAUCGAGACGUCAUUGAUCAUGCCGUUGCGAUCCGAGUCCGUGGCACGACUGUCGAGGAUUUCUUCAGAAGACAGGAGAAAACCUUCCGACGAGUUCUUUCCCGACAACUAAACGUGGAACCGACCGAUAUUCGACUUCUCAGUGUCCAGCAGGCUCUUCCAGGUGAAUUUCGGAAAAAUCUCCAAAUCAUACAACUUUUUUCCAGCCUCCGCAAGAAUGGAACGCGCCCUGACUGACGUGGAGAUCCUCCUGACGGCCCAGAGAGCCCAAGGCCGCGGCCUCGUCAAGCCGGACCACAUCUACUCCCGGCUGCAGCACGACUUCCAGACGAUCCAGGACCAGAGCGAGGGGAUGCGCUACCAACUCAUCACGGAGAUGUGCACUCCCGGCGUCUGCAAACGGGGAGAGUGUCGGGAGCGGAUCGAGAUGAUCGAGAACCGCAUGACCUUCGUCAACGUCGACGGCGUCGCCUACGUCGCUCCGCACCAUUCACGCAGCGCCGAGUGUCUUUGUCCGGAAGGGUGAGGUUUCUGCGAUUAGUCUAGUUUCAAAACUCACAUGAAAUUUAGAAAAAAUUUUUUUCUUUUCAAACAUCAUCCGUGUUUUUUGAGUAUAAUUUGCGAUAGAUUCACCUCACGAACACCUGAAAAUGAAAAGGUUGAAGCUCAUCCCAAAGUUUUUCAGUUUUGGCGGCAAACGAUGCGAAAAAGAAGUGAACGAAUGUGCUCGAUCGCCGUGUGAGCCGUGGCAAAUGUGUAUCCCGGGCGACGUCUUCCAACUCGGCUUCGAAUGCGUCUGUCCCCUUGGCCUCACCGGAGACCGUUGUCAGAAACCGGCCUGUGAGAACGACGGCCGCUGUCUCGAAGGUAGGAAACACCUGAGAAAAUAAGCUUUUACGUAUGGAAGUUUGAAGAAAAACUAGUAAAAUCACAAAAAAAUGCUAUCGGAUGAAUUUUUCGUGGAUUUUUCUACUUUUUUUCACGAUGUCUCUUGAAAAUUUGUUUCGUUUGACUCACAGCUUUCUUAUUAGUGCAAAACCAAAAAUGAAGGGGGCGGAGUCAGAAUCCCUGUCGUUCCCAUAUGACGUCAUGGGAAACAACAGGAAAUUUUAAAAGCGCAUCUUCAAUGGGUCAUGAGACGAAUCGAUUUCUCUUUUAUGAAAACCCAACUUUCCGGUUUUAUUUUUCUUUGAAGCAUAUGUUGUGUUCAAAGUGAAUCCGUGAAAUUUAAAAUAACCGCCAAAGAGUGAAAAAUAUAACUGAAUUACGGAAAUUCAGAGAUGAUUUUGAAUUUCGCAAAAAUUACUUUGAAAACGGUAUGUGCGAAAGCGCCGCGGUGUAUGCACACGACACAUUAUACUUUACGGAAAAAGUGUUGGCGGACAAAACGCGGUGGACUAUAAAUAUGUUCAGAGAAAAAAUGUAUGUAAAUUUUUUCAGAAGCCGAAAUAUCAGUCGGCGGGACUGGAUACUUUGAAAUGUCGCUAGCCAACGAGGUCGAGUCGCGGAUAGAACUGGAGAUCGAACUGAAGACCAUGUCGACCCAGGGCGUCAUCGUUGCCGGACGAGAUGGAGAUGACUAUCAUUCGCUGCAGGUUUGAGUGGGGACAGGAAAAAUAGACUCAAGAAAAUUUGAUGAGAAAAAAUUGACUGAAGAUACAUUUUCUAUGGUAUUUUGCAGCUCGUGAAUGGCUUGGUCGAGUACGUGUGGAACGCUGGCGCAGGCGAAGGCCGAGUCAGGUCGAAAACGUCGAUUUCCGACGGAAAAUGGCACCGAAUUGUCGUCAGCCGACGCCAACGUCGAACCAAACUGAUCGUCGACGAAAGUGACACCCACGAGUCGUUCAGUCCUCCUGGUACCUUCAGAAAUCCAAGGAAGUUCCUCAAAGAAUAUUUCCAGGGGCCCUCGUCCUGAACCUCCACUCCUACGCCCAGAAACUCGUCUUUGGGGCUGAAGUUCAGAAAUCUUCCGAGAAUAACGUCACCCGCGGGAUUGCCGCCUGCUUCCGCGAGAUUUCCAUCGAUGGACGGUGAGUAGAGAAAAUUGCCUCUUGAAACUUUCAAUAUAUUUAGGUUUCUGCCAGAUUUUUUUAAUUUUUUUCAGUAGAAUGACAUUUUUGAUAGGAUCACCUUAGUUUAUUGGCCUCAAAUUUUUCCUUCGAGAAGUCAUAACUAUUUCCAUCGACUUUCUAGGCAAGUUUCAAGGUUUCACAGUCAGCGUGAGAAAGAUACAGUAAAUCAACACGGCAUGUUAAAAAUAAGCUGGAAAAAAACAUUUAUUCCUUAUAAAAAAAUGUUGAAAAACGUGACACUUUUCAGACCGAUUCCAAAGACGCGUCAAGGCUUACGGUACUGGUCAGCGACGUCGGGCUGUUCGGCCAUGGCCUCGUCUCCUUGUAGCGAAGCUCCGUGUGGAAAUGGCGGUAGCUGUGUCGUCGUCGGACGGACUUUCAGGUUAAUAAUCGCUUGAAGAACAAACAAUACGAUCCAACAGCUCUGGUUCCGAACUGGAUAAUAGAGAGAAACAUUUGGAAUUAAGAAGGAUUUUAGAAAAUUUGCAAGCAAAUGGAGAGUUUUUCAAGGUAGCCUUUGAAAUCAGUUGUAUAGUCUGUGUACCACAAAUUGGAAUUUCGCCAAACGACAUUCCGCUGUGCAGCUGCGCGCCUUUGCGAACCUCGGUCGCGCUUAUAAUUUUUUUUUUCUUUUAUUAAGGUAUUCUACAUUCAUGUGCUCCCACAGCAAUAACAAUCAAUUGAAAGCGUGACCUAGAUUCGCAAGAGGCUUCGCGAACGCACGCAGCGGAACAGCGGAAUGUCGUUCGGGGAAAUUUCAAGUCGUGGCACACAGACUGUAACGAUCAAAAAUGUUAUCAGAGUUUUAAAAAUUAGUUCAAAAAUGUUAUCAGAGUUUUAAAAAUUAGUUCAAAAAUGUUAUUAGUUUCAAAAAUUAGUAUAAAAACGCUGAAAAAAGAUCCUCAAAUGUAACUUUUAUGCUCAACAGGCGUUAACAAAAUGAUGAUUCAAGAAAGAAAAAAAAAUUAUUGGAUUUUUCGCACAUUGGCGAUUUUUGCAGCUGCUUCUGCGCUCCACGGUACUCUGGAGAGAGAUGUGAGAUCGACACGGAGCCGUGCGCCUCGAGACCUUGUCCCAACGGAAUCCAGUGCAUUCCCUUCUACAACGACUACCUGUGCAAGUGUCCCAAUGGCUUCACUGGCAAGCGGUGUGAGAUGCGAGGCUAUGAAGGUGAGCUCGAAAGAAGAUAGUAGGAAAAACGGCUCUUUUUCCAUUUCUCGAGUGUAAUAUGUCGAUUUCCAGAAGACUCCUGCACGGAAGACCGGUGCGGCGACGGAAAAUGCAUCUCGAUUCCCAGGAAGACGAUCGAAAGCAGCGACUUCAUCUGCAAUUGCAGCGGGGGCGUCUUGCAGAGCACUCCCUGUCAUCGUGAGAAUCAGGGAAAAAAAAGUCUAUAUCAUGAAAAAUCAGAUUCAGACACGUCUUCUUUCGAUUUUCUGCGUUUCCUGACCCGAAUGGAUGUCCUUAUCGGACUCGUGGUUGUACUGAUGAUCCUUCUUUUGGUCUGCCUGGUCCUGCUCGCCUGCAAAUGCUGCCGACGACGAAGGUUCGUUUUGUACUUCUAAGUGAUCACUAGAGUGUUACUUUGAAGAGGUGACUUAAGUGGAUGGAUACAGGUACAGCUCUGCUAAUGAACUUCUUGGUCUUUGAACUCAGUUAUUAGUCAAGGGUCCACUCAAGUAUUCACUCUCCGAAAUUCAAUGAUUUUUGACGACUUUUUUUGUUUCACUUCGAACAAUGACUCACAUAGAAACACUAACUAAGUUACUUUUCCCUUAAGAGGUCACUUAAAAAGUGUCAAGGGACCAUCUAUGAGGUUUAAAUCCUUUCUUCACUUUUCUAUUCUUUGUAACCAUGCUUAGAAAAGGUAUAGAGGAGAAGUGAUCCCUAAAGAGUUUUAAAAAAAAGAUAUCAUUUUUACUCAGCUAAUCGAUAAAACUUCAGUGAUCCGAAAUAUGGAACCCACGUGGACGUGCCUUCCCACAUGCGAAAUACUCGUGUCCUCAUGCCGAUUCCCGAUCCGCCGCCCCUUCCUCCGAGAACCUUCCUCGGCGACUCCAACUUCGUCGCUACCAACAGACCUACUGUCCAGGUUUGAAUUACCUUAUCAACUAAUAUCGUAUCGGUUAAGGACUGGGGCUUUUCCUUUGUAAAUCUCUUUUCCGGAUUUUCAAAUUUUCUGUUUAGGUGCGGCCAUUCUCAAAGACGGCCAACCGCAACGACUCGAGGUCGCCGUCGAUCGCCGGCAGCGGCAAGGCGAACCGCCGGACGGACGUCGAUGCGGAAAAGCUGCGGAAUCUGGAGGCGCUGCGUCGGUACGGCCAUCGGGUGGCCAACGACUCGGACUCUUGCGGAAGUGGCACCGUCGGCGUCGUCAAUCGCGUCAGACAGUCCGACAGGAGAUUCGAGAGACCUCAUCAUGACGCCCUGACCAAUCUCACCAAUCAUAGGUGGGUUUUUCAGAAAUUUUGAGUUUGGAAGGCUCUUGUUAGGCUAGGAAGCUAAACAAUCAGUGACCUCUUUAGGCAAAGAAUCUUCCUCUCAGAGAAGAGGCCAUUUUUGCAAGUCGAUAUUUUUCAGAGACCUGGGCGACUCAAUCCAAUGCCUCGCUACGAACCUCGACGACUGGCGAACCACGGACGACGGCGUCAGCGCGGCCGUCAGAAGCGGCCGAGAGAUCGUCCACGUCGGCGACACCGUCCUCAGCCCGGUGUACAACGACGACGACUACAUGACGAUGCGGCCGAGGAAGAAGGACGACGGUUGGAAUCGCUCCCAAGAACUUCAGAAUAACGCAACAACUUCAGAACCGACGUCACAAGCUCCGCCUCCGCUUCCGGCCCACAAGACGGCCCUGAUGGAGACUUCUCAGCUCUACGACGAUCCGGCGACCGUUUCCAUGGCCGGCGACGACGUCUCCAGCGCCAUCUGCGACAUCGACGGCAGCGACGUCGAGGAGAUCGACGCUCAUUAG